CACCCCUUACUUAUCUGCACUUUGGGAGAUUUCUUUUGAUAAUACACACCUCUAUGCCCGAGGAUGUGAGAGGUUAUUAUCUAGAUAUAAUUAAAGAGAAAUUGCUUUCUUGCACCGCAUUUUAAUUGUGAUGAUAAAUUCAUUGGAAACUAAGCAAUUAUCUUGUUUUCCUUUUUUUUUCUUUUUUACAGCCCCCAGAUUGGUCCUGUGGAGUGCAGGAGAUGUGAGUACUUAUUCUGUUGUUGUGGCUAUUUAUUUAUAAAACACUAACAUAAUGUUGUCCAAUAGUUAGCUGCAACAUACAUAAAUAAUCAUGGCUUGUGAGCUAAAUCUCUUAAGAAUCAGUGUUUAUUCACGCUGUUAACACACUUUGCUCCCUAAAAACCCUAUGCCAGUAUGUAAUCUCCUGCUAACCUAUCAUUUGCAGUUCUGUACAGUCCUGUCAACAUUAAAAAAGUGGGACCUUCCAUUGUAAUAUAAGAUUUAUAUAAAAACACUACAACACAUUGCAGUAGUUAUGGUGAUAUUGCUCUUACUGCCCUGGCGCCCUCCUAGAGUAGUCAAACUGCUUAAAGGACCACUAUAGGCACCCAGACCACUUCAGUUCAAUGAAGUGGUCUGGGUGCCAGGUCCAUCUAUGGUUAACCUUGCCUGCUGUAAACAUAGCAGUUUCAGAGAAACUGCUAUGUUUACAUUAGGGUUGAUCCAGCCUCUAGUGGCUGUCUCAUUGACAGCCUCUAGAGGCGCUUCUGCGCUUCUCACUGUGAUUUUCACAGUGAGAAGACUCCAGCAUCCAUAGGAAAGCAUUGAGAAUGCUUUCCUAUGGACUGACUGAAUGAACGCGCGCGCAUUCAGCCGAUGACGUCGGAAAGAGAAGGAGAGUCCCCAGCGCCAAGAGAGCCCGGCACUGGAGAAAGGUAAGAUUUUAACCCCUUCCUCCCCCUUCAGUCCGGCGGGAGAGGGUUCAUGAGGGUGGGGGGGACCUAUUAAUACUAUAGUGCCAGGAAAACGAGUUUGUUUUCCUGGCACUAUAGUGGUUCUUUAAGAAUGGAUUAAAAAGUAAUAUACUACUGGGCCCUGUGCAGGUUACCAGUUUGGGGACCGCUCCAUUCAUUCUUUACAUAGGGAUGGUUUAUGGGGCUAAGCAAAUACAUGGUUCCAGUGUCCCUGUCUAACCACCUAGGGUCGACUUAUGGUUAAUCCUGCUCUAAUCCAGCUGAGCACGCACUGCCGUCUCUCUGCUGCUAGAAGCCACUGAGGUAAGCUUUGCCAUGCAAGGCUGGAUGCAUGAGAUCGCUUAGCUGAUGUUUUGCAUCCAUUAAAUCCAGCUGUGCAUAGUAGGGUUUAGGGUUUGGCGCUAACUAAAGGUUCCGUGCAGCAACUUGUGGCAGCAGUGAAAGUGGCUGGUAUGUUGUUAAACCAUUCUUUAAUAGUACUUACUCCAGGCGGGCGCCAGCGCCAACGCAGUGUAGCUUGCUCUAGUGGUUGCUUGGAGUGUUACUGUAAAAGCUGAUCUGAUCCUUAAAGAACCACUAUAGGUACCCAGACUACUUCAGCUCAAUGAAGUGGUCUGGGUGCCAGGUCCAUCUAGUGUUAACCCUGCUGAUGUAAACAUAGCAGUUUCAGAAACUGCUAUGUUUACAAUAGGGUUAAUUCAGCCUCUAGUGGCUGUCUCACUGACAGGCACUUCCGCACUUCUCACUGGGAAAAUCACAGUGAGAAGAUGCUGGACGUCCAUAGGAAAGCAUUGAGUAAUGCUUUCUUAUGGACUGUUUGAAUGCGCGCGCGACUCUUGCCGCGCAUGCGCAUUCGGAGCUGACGUCGGCAGAGGGAGGAGAGUUCCCCAGUGCCAAGGGAGCCCUUCGCUGGAGAAAGGUAAGUGUUUAAACCAUUCAGCCCAGCGGGAGUGGGACCCUGAGGGUGGGGGGGACCUAAAGACCCUAUAGUGCCAGCAAAACUAGUUUGUUUUCCUGGCACUAUAGUGGUCCUUUAAGGGUUUAAAAUGCAAUAGUCACAACUGGUUCAGAGCAUAGUUAAAUUGCUGAACAAAGGUUAAAGGAACACUAUAGUGUCAGGAAUACAAAUGUGUAUUCCUGACACUAUAGUUCUAACAUCUUAGUUUAGGUCCCUGGUCCACUUUACCCCUGGUUAAAAACUGGGGCUUACUCACCUUUUUUCAACACUGCAUGGGUGAGUGACGGCUGGCUCCACCCAUAACCCACCCCCUUGGCUGAGAUCAUAAAACUUGAUGAUCUCAGCAAAUCCAAUGCUUAACCAUAGGAAAGCAUUGGGAUGCUGCCACACAUGUGCGGCAUAUCGCUGCACCAAUUAUCAUCUCCAUGAGGAACGUUCAGUGUCUCCAUGCAGAGUGUGAUGACUCUGAACGUCAGUGCUGCACAGUUUGGCCAUCUGCGUGACUGCCACUGAAGGUGUCUUUAGGCAGCAAUGUAAACACUGCCUUUUAUAAGCUGUAGCUGUUCUGGUGACUAUAGAAUACCUUUCACUAUUAUAAAUAAUAAUCAUAAUGGGCUUUAAAAUUGUUUUUUUACCCAAUUCUGCAUAUUCACAGGAAGGUCUGUUAACAUCCACAAUUGAUUUUGUGGGGGACUGUGGGAUCAUGGUUCCUGAAAUGAAACCACACUGCCAGGUUCUACUGAUGGAGGAAAAUAGGCUUUGAGUCAGCUAUGAAAAAUUUCGUCACAGCAGAUAUAACAGUAGUGUAUACUGGGGUCUUAAAACCUGACAUUGCCUCUUAGGUUAUUUACCGCAAUUCUUGGUAUUUUUACUGUAAUCUCAAUGUUUCACAGUGAAUGGCAGAUUCUCGUGGUAUCCAUCAGUUUUUUAACAAACAUCCCAAAAGAUCCAGAUCUAGUGGGACAGUCCUGAUUCACCAUCUGAGUCUUUAUCUAUUAUUCCCAGAAGAUGCAGUGUAUCUUAAACAAAGUGCCCCCAGGGUCCGACCAAUUCUGUUCUUUUCCCAUACCUCCCAAUGAUUCUGUUUCCAUACCUCCCAGUGCUUGGAGGUGCGCUGGUACUUGCUAGGCUUCAUAUCUACAUGGUUCACAUGAGCGCCAGGCUGGCACGCUCCCUUUUUGUAUAUGCUUGUCUCUUGUCACCAGUGAUGCAUAUUAAGUCACUUGCACAACCUCUCUCUAUCCCAGUAUCCCCAUCCAUCCGCAAAACAUACCUCCACAUGCUAGGAGUUAGUCUGCAAAUAGAUAUCAUUAUACUGUAGCCCUCUAAAGAUUGUUUUUCAUUAACGGUUAUAGUUGUAAUCCCUUCUUAAACACAGGUGAUUUCAUGAAGGACAUCUAAAAUUCCUAAGACAUUGUGCUUUUUAUGAAAAAUAGUAAAAUCUUACCUUUAUUCCAGUCGGCUGGUGCUGGCUCUGCUCCUGAUCUGCCUCCUUGGCUGACAUCAUCAGAAGAGAUGAUCUUAGCCAAUAACUAUGCUUUUCCAUAGGAAAGCAUUGGAUUGCCUGAAAUGGUCAAUUCUGAUUAUCUCAACCAAGGAGGUGGGCUGAGGGGCAGAGCCAAACGCCACCCUUGCCAAUGAUCAUCUCUUGUAUCAAUGAAUCUCUAUGAGUAAAGUUUAGUGUCUACAUACAGAGGGUGGAGACACUGAAUGUCAGUGUGCAGCACUGCUCCAGGAAGCACCUCUAGUAGAACCUUUAGGCUUAACUGUUAACAUUGUCUUUUCUCUGAAAAUGCAGUGUUUACUGCAAAUGCCUGCAGGUGCAUGCUAUAUUCACCAGAACAAUUACAUUAAGGUGUAGUUGUUCUGGUGACUAUAGUGUCACUUUAAGCUACAUGAUUGUCAUGGUUAAACAGUAUCUACAGAAUAUAUACAUUUUAAAUGAUUAAAACUUUGAAGGGUAAUUGGGACGUGCCUUAGGAAAAUUCUCAGGCAUGCAUAUAAUAGGUUACUUAACAAGUUAAGUAAAUGGAAAAGUGGCCUUACUGGUAAAUCUUAGUGUUAUAUGCAUGCAUGAUUUGGCAGCUCAAUUGUUUUCUGAAGAUUUUUUAAAAUACCAUAUUUAACCCUGUCACUAGAAAAUUGUAUAUACAUAUUUUGACCUUUAUGGAAAACAAAACAAAUUUCAGUUUAUAAAGGCUUUCAUUUUUUUUUAAUUUGGCCCACAUUUGAAGUUCAGGGUGGUGACAAAGAUAUCUCCCUGAUGAUAUUUAUUUUGGAUUAUACAUGGCAGCAAGGGGACAUGGUUCUCUUCCUUCUCCCCACACAGUAAGUACGUUUGAAUUAGAAACGUUGUUCAUUCGUUAUCACAAUCAGUUAGUGGGGUAUUUUAAGAUGUCCAUUAGAUGGUGUUAUAGCAUCUUGCAAAUCCCUGUACAAUUCAAUAAUUUAGUAGUGCCCACAUACAUAACAUGUUUAUAUAUUCUGUUGCCAUUUUUAUAAAGCUGCAUUUUUACAAAAGGCACCCAGUUUUUUGUUUUUUUCAAUUCGUUAUUUUUGACUGACAGAAUAGUACAUAAAUCACAGUGUACAAAAAAAGUUCAAUAUAGCAAUAAACAGUAACAGGAACAUUAGUGCAAAUUUCGAGAAUCAACAUCGUAGCAAACAAAGUGUUAAUUUGGCACCCAGUUUUAAAGAGAAACCGUAGGCACUUUAACAACUUUAUUUUUAUUGAAGUUGUUAUAGUGCCUGCAGUCCUGCCCCCCCACCCCCUGCUAUUCUACCACCCAAAACACUCUAGUUCACUAGCUAGAGGACUUGGAAGCACAGCUUCAAGCCACAUCUGCAAUCCCUCUGGGUAUGAGAGCUGGGAAUCUUAAUUGCCGGUUCUCAUACCGUAACAUACUGUGACGUCACCCGCCAUGUAGAGUGCUGUUGCAGUCGGCCAUAAAGAAAUUAGCUGUGCAUCUUAUAUUCAAAUACAUCAUACUGUAAAUUUUUUUAAAUGUUUACCAUUUGCAAUCUCCACACCAUUUAUUGCUGUCAGACAGACAGCCACUAGGCGUUUGGACUAAAAUAGAUUAAAUUAUUGCAUCUAUUUAACAUCUGAUGGUAGCAUGCAAAGGAGUAUGUUCAAUGCUUCUCUAGGAGCACUGAACAAAAGUAAUCCGUCUUGAUCAAUUUUCAGGAGGGGAGGUUCUUACUCUUGUGGCACUAGAAUAGGGAUACGUUUUAUGACUUUGUGUUUUUUUUCUUAAAUAUAGUAUUCUAAAAAAUAAGGAACACCUAUAAUUAAAUAUAAGGUAACUCUCGGUGGACAUUUCAGGGAUUGUGCAUAUAUGUAAUUGUUGGUAUUGAUUUUGCUAUGUUAUAUUGUAGUUAUAAUGUUUAUUUGUCCUUUAACAGGUCUAAUUGAAUCAUAAGUUAAUGUUGCUUGCUCAUGUCAUAAAGUCGGGGUGGUGUUUGUAGUGUUUGUUCUUAUCAUACGACAUUGGUUAUAAAAUACUAUCAGGGCUAUUCACUAAAAUGAGAAUUUAAAGUAAACUAAAAAUUCAAGGUCAAAUAAUUGACCUGGAAACAUUCAAGACAGAUAUGAAUACACUUUGAAUUCGCACUUUUGUGAAUAACCCUGUAUAUCACUGCCAUGGAUGUCUUCUCUCCUCUCGACACAUUCUAAUACCUUGUCUCUUAGUUCUUUACAUAACUAUAUGUUCAAUAUAAAUAUAUAUAUAUAUAUAUAUAUAUAUAUAUACAAUCUUCAUUUAUUGACCACGAAUGACUUGACACACUUUUUUUGUACGUAGAACAUAUGAUUGUGUCUUCCAGAUAAAAAAAUAUUAUACAUUCAUGAGAGCUUCCAGCUGUGAUAUUGAGAGAUAGGAGCAACGUACAUAUACAAUAUACAAAGUAUCUGCUGUUUACAAGCCGCUAAUGAGGGUCCCUAUUCACAAAGUGCUUCCCUUGCCAAUUAAAAUUUCUCAUAAGACCUUCCAUUAGGUCGGUGGUUUGCUGUUUGAAUCCCCAUUAAAACAGGAAUGCAUUUUUGAUAAAUCACUCUGGUGUUUUAAUGUGGAUAUAUAACCUUGAGAUAAGUGACUUGUCUUCCAUUAACAUGAUCCUAUGACAUCACUCUCACUCUCGAAGCUUUAUAUCUAGAGCAGCAUUAGUGCGAUAUCUGUCUCUGUCACUAAUGCACGGACGUCAGUAAUGCAAUGGUUGUGACAUAUGGUGCAAUCUUCCCAUUACAGAGAAGUCUCCAUGAAUUCCCCCCUUGCCGUGUGCCGUGACCUUUGUUUAACAUGACCCUCAUUACAAGUAUUGAUUGUGUUAAUCUACCUUGUGUUUUCUGGCUCACGAUCUUUGCGCAGUUAAAGCAGAGAAAACUUGCUUCCCAGCAAAAUGACUUUGUAUUUUAUCUUUUUGUGAACUGAGUACUACCAACUCAUCUAAUGUUGUGUAUGGAUUUCUGGCAAAGGUUUUAUAGUAUUGUCUGACGUUCACUCAAAAUCCGACAUCAAAUAGGUCAGCAUUUACAAUCCAUUCUUUCUCUUAAAAAUACAUGAAUCACUAAAUUGGUUUCUUAGUAUUUAACUCAAAUACAACAGCCUCUCCCAUCUACAAUUGACAAAUCAGGUUUUUUUUUAUUUUCACCUGCACAUCUGACUUCUCUUUCCUGACUCAUAUGGAAUGAAAAGUGUCACCUAGCAGUAUAAAAUUAAUUUAUUGCUGCAGGGAAAUUAAUUAAUUAGUGACAGCCUAUUCUAUUGAAUUGCCUAUGUGAUUAACUGAUCUUCCUCCAGCAAUAGAUUCAUUCUGCACACAGAAAAAAACAAGUCAAAUGGCCGGUUUGGCAGCCCUAGACCCAUCUUUGUUUUUCCACAAUUUUUCCUGUGCCAUCAUUUGGCUUUCGGUUUAAAGGAAUACUGUCAACAUUUUUUAAUCUUUAUGAAAAAUACAAAAUUAUAUGCAAUUUUGCCUCUCUUUGUUUAUGUUGUAAUGUGUACAUAUAUGUAGAUGCCUCUUUUUAAUGCAUCUACUGGUUUAUCCUUGUUUCACAGGGGCAGCCAUCUUUAAAGGGACAUUCCAAGCACCAUAGUUAUAGUUGUUUUGCGGUCUGCUGGCUGCCACUUCCCACCUCCACUAACUCAAUAAGAGAUACAAUUAAAAUAUCAUGUGUGGAAAAGCAGUGUUUAGAAACGAUUUGAAACUUCCAUUUGAAAACUAUGUGCUUAUAGCUGCUACCAUUCUGUAUGUGUAACGCUCCAAAAAAACACACAAACACGUAAAAUAUCAAUAAACAGUACAAAGCGCUGUGUAACCUUUAAACUGUAAUACUCAUGGGUAUUGCACUUUACAGGUUAUACAGCAACAGGAGAGAUUGAAGCUCCUGCAUAGGAGAUUUCGUUACCUCUCCUGAGCUAAGCCCUGGAGUGCAGGGCUAACUUAUGGGCUAAGAAUGUCAGAUAAAUGCUUUCCGUCAAUGAACCGCCAGGCUUAGCUCAUACAGAGGGCUUCCAGCUCUCUGUCAGCUAUAGUGGAGGCAGGGAGCAGAGCUUAGCAGAUUCCAGGUGACAAGUCAGACCAUGCUUUGCCUAAUGGGGUGGGGUAGAGCGCAGGGCCAGAUUUGCCAUAAGGCCACCGAGGCCAUGGUCCUAGGGCGGCAGGCAAGCAAGGGGCUACAUGACCGCUGUGAAGAUGAAAGAUCUCCUUUACUAGCAAGACGAUUCUGCUGUCGUGGGGCCAAGGAAGCCGGUAUGGCUGACGCUCAAAUUGUAUCACAGUGUUUCCGCAUGUUACAGCGGCAACACUUUGAUACAAUCCCCUGGCGCCGUCUGGAAGGAGCUGUUUGCACCCACCAAACUAUCAGGGACCAGAUUCCCCCUCCCUGGCCUAGGUAAGCAACAGGGAGAGGGAAACUUUUUUUAAGCAGCUCCUCAGCUCCAUGUGCCCCACAGUACAAUCCCAGUCCUUUAAUUACAGGCCCCCAUCCUUCCGGUAGAGCCACUAUCUCCCCUCCCCCCACACACUAUAGUCCCUUCCCCCUACAACAGCAGCUAUCCUCCCACUAGAGCUCCUAUUCUCCCACUAUAGCCGCUAUCACCCCACCAAAGGCCCUAUCUCCCCUUCUAAACCCUUAUCUCCCCAUUACAGCAACUAUCCCCUCACUACUGGCUCUAUUCCCCUACUAUAGCUCCUAUCCCCUCACCACAGCUCCUACCCUCCCACCACAGCCAUUAAAGGGAUACUAUAGUGCCAGGAAAACAAAGUCGUUUUCCUGACACUAUAGGUUUAAUAGGUCCCCCCUCUCUCACGCCCCCUCUUCAGCUACUUACCUGAUUUCAGCCCCGAUAUCCCUCGGCGCUGGGUCAGGCUCCGCCCACCCUCUUCCCCCUCCGCAAUGGCCCCAUGCGCGCAUUAGACCUCCCCAUACGAAAUCAUUAUUUAAUGCUUUCCUUGGGGGGAAAUCUGACGUUGGAGGUCCUCGUGCAGAGCUUGAGGACGUCCAGAGUCAGAUAACAGACCAUUUGGGGUCCAUUUGGAUUCCAGAAGCGUCCCCCAGUGGUUGUUUGGUAGACAGCCACUGAGGGCAGACUUAGAGCUGCAAUGUAAACAUUGCAGCACUAAGUGCAAUCGGGACACAGCACCCAGACAACUUCAAUUAGCUGAAGUGGUCUGGGUGUUUACAGUGUCCCCUUAACCUCCACAACAGCCUGGGAGGGCACCAGGACAAUACGAUCAGCAUAACCAUUACAGCAUAGUGGUCAUGAUGCUUGGAGUGUUCCUUUAAGUCAUCUUGGGAUAGAAGCACAGUUUAUCCUGCUGCAGAGCAUGAGAAAAAAAAGACUGAAAACUGCUCUGAGCACAUUUUUUACAUUCCGGGUGCUUAAACAGGAGGUCAGGAUUCAUGAUCACACACUAGCUAAUUACUGUAUGGCCUUUCUAACCAAAGAAAACUUAAAGAUGGCUGCCCACACAGAACAAGGUUAAGCAGGAAAAUUCACUAAAAAGAUGUGUUUACAUAUUUGUAUGCAUAAUAAAAUAAUACAUUGAGAAGCUUAUAUAUAUAUAUAUUUCAUUUUUUUUUCGUCAGUUACCACUAAGGUAUUUUGCUUAUUAUUAAAAACGUAAAUUGAACCGGGCCUACAUAUAACGAAUAUUUUGCCCCAAAAAAUAAGAGCAUAAAAAAACAGAAAAGAAACUUCACAGGUUAUGGGAGAUGAAAAAACCUCUACUUACCCGAUCAUAGAAGAAACGCCAGGCGAGGAGACACAGGACCCCAGAAAGCAAAUCACAAAAGUAAAAAAGCGCCACAACAAGCGCUCAUUUAUAUCCAAGCGUAAGUUUGGAUAUUGGAUAGAAGAAAAUAAAAGGAAAGCUUACUUACAUGUUUUGGACCACUGGGCUAUUAGACAUAGAAAUGUCUUAGGAACUGGAGGUCCAAAACGCGUAAGGAAGUGUUUCAUUUUUGUGGCCAAUAAACUUCAGCUUAGAUGUUAGUGAUUGCUUGCUGUGAUGUAUUUUCCUUUAUUUUAUUUUUGUGAUAUUUUGCUUUAUUACAUGUCACUGGAUGUGGUGGCCGUAAGGGACAGCUUGUGAUAAGUAUAACUUACCAUCCCCCACACACUGCAAAAUAUGCAAAGACCCCGAAAAGUUAUAGAUCCGCUUUUACACAUGACUCCUAAAAGUCUCAGAAUUAAUGGGACCUUCCUGAAUUUGGGUCUGAAUCCAUAAUUUGGUGGUGUUGUACUUCUGGGGAUUACUGAAAAAACUUCCCAAUAAUUGAGGUGCAUCAUUAGAUGCGUGCUUGAAGUGCUCAAACUGUAUCUAGGUGUUCACUCCGUAAAAGAGUGCAUUAACAGUGAUGUGUGCAUGGACUACCCUAAUUGCGGGUGAAUUGACACUUUGUCAGUAAUGGCACAUUCGCUACGGAAUUUAACGGCGCUAUAUAAAUAAUAAAAUAAUAACAAUAAUUCUAACUGGUAACUAAAAGAUGCUGUUGUUUUUUUUAUUUUAAAAAACAACUUUUUUUACGGCAUAUUUGAAUUUGCAUGAAGGCAAGGCUUGCAGGCACACACUGGCAUUCAAUGCAAAUUCAAAAUAUCCCACAAUCCGUCUGAUGCUCUGCCCAUAACUAUCUGUGCAUACACAGAGAAUGGUGGGAAGAUGAAGUCGGGAGAGUAUGUAUGCACAGAGCACCUUAGGACGAUUCUGGUUCCAGUUGCCCAAAAUGCUUCAGAGGUAGCUGUGUGUUUUUUGCUUACCAUCUUCACACCUAAUGACAGCAUACACUUGAACAAUGAAAGAGGACUGUAAAACUACAGAAGCAACUUUUAAUAAAGAACGUGUUCUGUGGCUGGCCUGCGUGAUGCCUGUUAUUCAGUCUUAUUUGCCACCUUGCUAGACCACAAUCCAUAUACGCAAUUUUCCUGUUGUCUCUGUUUUAAAGUUUGGUAGAAUAAAAAAAGUAUGUAUUUUUAAAUAGACAUGAUCACUUCCUUUGCUGUGCUAUAGUUACACAUCUCAACUCUUUUUGGAGAACCAGCGUCACCCUCUAUAAAUAUACCCAGUCUAUCAGGGACAAACUGUAAUUUUACCAGUAGGUGUUUUUUGUUUUGUUUUUGUUUUACUGUGGUCUGCACACCCAACUUGUGUGACUGUACAAAUCUGCAAGUAGUUGCUUAAAAGUUUCCAAAAAUACCUAUUGUAUUGGGUUAAGGUUUAUGUCCAUUUUAACUGCCAACACCUCUGCAUUGCGCAAAUAGUUCUGUUUGAUUCCUUUAUUUAUUUAUUUAUUUUUAAUAUAAUCAUUUGUUUCAAUUUUGAUUUACAUCAUAAGCAACAAUGUCAAUGCGCGACUAGCGUUUUCUGUCAAAUCGGUGGUAUCCCAGCUAUGAUGCUGUAGACGUAAACAUGCAUCUGUAUGUACACAUGUCAACAUGCCAGGAAUGCCCAGUCUCCGUGGUAAUAUGCAAAGUAAGACACCCCCUGCCCCAACCCCUAAAUAAGGCAGGUAAAGUUAGUAUAAUGAAUUUUGCAGGCCUAAAAACAUUCAUAUUUAACAAUUGUGUAUGUAUAAAUGUAUCUAUGUUUGUGCAUAUUUCUGCGCUCUUUGUAAUGUAUUGUGUUUGAAUCUGUGAGUAUAGUGAGUAUAUGCAACUCUGCAUGCGGGGUUAAAGAUAAUGUUGUGUCCAUGGAUCCAUAUGUUACCGCCCGUACCAGUAUUUUUCUUUACUUAUCUCCACUGCACAAGUGGCAGUGCCUCGUUAAAUUAUAUAAAAGCGAUAACUGCAUAUCUAUGCAAGCAUAUGCAACAAAAAUGCCAGUUUCAAGCAAAAUAAAUCCCCUUUCACAAAUUCCCUAAGUAUCACCUCUCCACUGUCUAAUGGACAGCCAAGGAUGCUUACUGCCUCAUAUGCUUUGAAUUGUAGUUCAAAGCAGGAGCAAGUGUUUCCCUUAGAGCAGCAUGGUUUCAACCUGUGACUGCCACACCUGCGCCACAAAGGGGCGGGCUGGCCAGGGGGGAAGGGAGGCAACUGCCCCCCAGGCCGCCCUAAAUGUUUUGAAAAACGGCCGCUGCAGGGACGAUCCUGGGCUAGUGCAACGUGCACAGGCGCCAGGAAGUGGAGUGUGCCACGCGGAGCAGGCUGAUGCCCUGUCACAGGGAGCCCAGCAGGUGGCCACCUAAGGGCACCCCCGUAGCAAGGCAGAGUAGGCACCUGCUUGUCCCAGAUGGCAGGUGCCUGCUCUGCAGCAACAUACUGGCCGGCUGAGGAAGGAGGCAGGCGGCGGCGAGGGAGCGCUGACUGUGCUGAUGAUCUUCCUGCUCCCUCGCGCGCCCUCUCUGGUGAUGCCGGGAGCCAGAAUAUGACGUCACUAAACAGUGCGAGGGAGCAGAGAGGAGCGGGAAGAUCAUGAAAGCCACUGGACCUCGGGGAGAGGACCCAGAGGACUCCUAAAAUUAGGAGCAACAAGGAAUAAAAUUAAUUUGUGAGUAUGUGUGUCUGAAAGUAAGUGUGUCUGUCAGUGAGUGUGUGUCAAUAAGUGUGUGUGUGUGUCUGUCAGUGAGUGUGUGUGUCUGGAAGUGAGUGUGUGUGUGUGUGUCUGUCAGUAGGUGUGUGUGUCUGUCAGGGCCGUCUUUCCGCAUAGGCAUGCUGGGCAGUAGCCUGGGGGCCUCACAGGCAUGGAGGCCCCACCACGCUGCCCAGUGUGCCCGGCUAACAGGGGAGAUCCCUUGAUUUGUAUUUCUAACACUAUAGUGUUCCUUUAAGUAAGCUAAUCGGCCAGUUAAUAGCUGCUUCUAUAAAACUGCAUGACAAUUUCAUUCAUGUUGAUUUCAAGAAUGCAACCACUCAUGACUAAAUCGUUUGAGGCCAUGUGAGAUAAAAUGAUAAACUUGUGCCUUUGGCGUAAUAUGUACACGUUUAGGAUUUUAGGAAAAUUUCUGUGCAUUGAAAUGUACCUCUUAAUAUAUUUACUUUGUUGUCAUACGGUCUGAAAUGUUGUCAUAUUUGCAUGAAUGGUUUUGGCCUGAAACAUACCAAACUAAUAUUUAGAUUCCCUAACUGUGCUUUGUGUAAGCAUUCGAUAAUUAUUUUAUUGGCAUAAUGUACCUUAUAGUCUCGUGCUUUUAAUUGCCACAUAUUAUUCCUUCACUGUUUACACUUAUGAUUUUUUAAAUUUUUUUUAUUUGUGGUCGGAUAGAGUAGGCCGAGUUAUAGUAAUGUUGGUGUAAGUCGGUAGUGGUGUGCCGGAACCGACGUUCCGGUAGGCCUGUAAAAGAGGGCCCACCAAGAUGAAUGGCUUUAUAAAGUUUUGGGUUUAGGUUGGGUGGGCUGAACCAGGCAGACUCAGCCCAGAGGAAGGGGAGGUCUAUAUGUACAGGCCGGGUAACUACUCCCACAACUACAGGCUUUGCCCACCGGCUCAGCCUUCUCAUUUUUUUGUUUAGUUUAUAUUAGUCAAAAAUUUUCCCUCCCACAGUAUAUGUUUUUCCAUUAACCUCCAUUAAUAUCUGUUUGGCCCUUGAUCAAUAAAAAAUAUUUGCAUCAACACAUUAUUUCAACUGUGCAAUACAAUUACAAUAAUGGUUUAUUGGCAUUACUAAUAAGUAUUGCCAUUUCCUAAAAGUUCAUUUGUACAUUUUACAUUUUUACAUUUUCUUUACCUCAUUUGCCAGUCAGAAAUGAAAAUAAAAGAGGGUUUUAUGCACUAAACCAAAUAUUUUACAGAAUUGACAUGAGCUGAUAAAAUUAUUACAAAAUUGUUAAUCUGGAAAAAAUCUCAAAUGCAGCUAUUUUUCUGGCUAAAACUCUGUAUUAAAAUUGGCGUUUAUCUUGUUGUACCUCCACAGUUCCCAGUUAAGAGACUAAAAAAAAUUAGGCUUCGAUUUAAUAUUUUUGGAUAAACCCCAAAAAUAUAUAUUUUUUAAAUAUAAAAAUAUCAAACAUAUUUCAUUUAAAUUUUUUUUUAUCAAUAUAUUAAAAAAUAUAAAAAUUUGAAACUACAAAAAUAUUUUUCACAAUAUUAAAUCAUUAAAAAAAAAAAAAAAGAAGCUUAUCCACAAAUAUUAAAUCAAGGACUUAGCGUGUACAAACUGUAUGCCCUCUUAAUGUUGGGAUCUCAUUUUUAUUUGCAUUAUUUGGUUGCCAUAGAUGGUAACACAACAGAGCAUAGGAAUAUAGUAUUGUGGACUACUCGCAGGAGUAGGCAACCUUCGGUAUUCCAGAUUUUGUGGACUACGUUUCCUUUGAUGCUUUGCCUGCAAAAUGGUACUAGGAACGUUAUGGGAGAUGUAGUCCACAGCAUCUUGAGUGCUGAAGGUUGCCUACCCCUAGCUGUCUGAUCACGUCAGUAUAAAAGGGUUGCAUUUUCCCACCAGUAGUGUCUGUUCUGUAUUGUAACAUAAAGAGUCAUUCUCUAAAGUGUGAGCUGUCUGGAUCACAAAGUGAAUUUCAAAUUAUAAACCAACAUAGCCUAACUGAAAACACUGUUGACUUUUCAAUUCCAUUAUUAAGUCCUAAAACACAAUUCACACUUUAGUGAAUAACCUUGUUAGUUCUCUGAGACAGUAAUAAUGUCAUGUCAUGUUAUAUGGUUAAUAUCAUGUUUAGCACAGGUAUAAAUCGAUGGCUACUGUUUGAGCAUUUCUUUUAAUGUGCAUUCUUACUGAAUUUUCAUGUCUUUCAUGUGAUUGUAAGGUUUUCUUCCGAAUUUUACCUUAAAGGAACACUAUAGUGUUAAACUAGCCUGGUGAUCAGGCCCCUCUCUGUAGAGUCAAAAGCUGAGUUCCAUCGCCGCACCUGGCCCCCCGCUCGCAUGGCUGAGAUUAUAUUGAUGAACUCCACCAAAUCCAAGGCUUUCCCAUUGUAUCAAUGCAUCUCUAUGGAGAGUGUUCAGAGUCUCUGCUGAACAUCAGUGCUGCACCUCUAGUGGCCAUCUGAGUGACUGGCACUAGAGAUGUUACUAGGCAGAAAUGUAAACACUGCCUUUUCUCUGAAAAGGUAGCGUUUACAGUGCUAAGACUUCAGGGACAGGCUAUAAACACUAGAACCACUAUAUUAAGCUGUAAUGGUUUUAGUGACUGUAUUGUCACUUUAAUGUGAGAAUGUUGUUGUUUUUUUUCUCAUCCUCAGCAUUUUCCAACAUCUGUCCCUCUGUCCCCGCCCUAAAUUUUAUUUAUGUUUCCAGGGGACAGAUUACUUAGCCUCAGGAAAAUUUACAUUAUUUACUCAAUUGCCCAACUGGGUAUACUUGAUUUUUCAAAGUGCAGUUGCAGCCAAAAUACAAAUUGCUCUGGUAAUGACAGUGCUAGCUUUAGAUGUAAUAGACUCGGAACACCUGUUUAAUGAUCACUGUAAAUACCUAAUUACUAUAUAUAUGUUUUAAUAGUAUGAGUAAUUUGUAGAUAUACCUUAAUGUGAUUGAGUGUGCUUCUCAAACCAGUAGAAGCAGAGGAUACAACAUACUAUAUAAACAAUGGAAUACUGGAAGAAAUAUAUAUAUAAUAAAACGUAACCUUUAAUAAAAGUAUAAAUCCCUAAAAGGUCUCAUAAGACAAAAAGACCCACUACAACAUACACAACAUACACACAACAAAAAUUAAAAAUGACAUAGGCUGGUCCAUACUGCACCAAAAAUGGUAAAAGCCAUUUCAUUUAAUCUGUCUUAGUGGCUUUUACCAUUUUUGGUGCAGUAUGGACCAGCCUCUGUCAUUUUUUAUUUUUGUUGUGUGUAUGUGCACAUAGUACUAUUUGUUUUGUUUUGUAGUGGGUCUUUUUGUCUUAUGAGACCUCUUAGGGAUUUAUACUUUUAUUAAAAGUUAAGUUUUAUUAUAUAUAUAUAUAUAUAUAUAUAUAUAUAUAUGUAGAAAGGCCAUUAGGCCUGAAUUUGUGGGAGGAGUAAGUCCCCUACUUAAGCUCCCAGCCCCUACUCACCGCUGCCGCUCAGCUGAUUGUCCAGCACUUCCGGUCCAGCUUCCCGCCAGAACUGUACCUGUUUCCAGCAGCCAGACGCCCUGUGCAAAUCCUCCGUCCGUCCGAGGCCCCUUCCACUCCGUUUCUCUCCGGUCGAGGUACCCGACUUCCGGUCACGAGACCGGCGCGUUCACGUAAGCAAGGCGGGGGAAUUAGCGUUCGCUUUUUCCCCGCCGUUCGGGCCUAAAAACGUAGGGGUAGGCUCCCUCCUUUUCGCAUUUUCACGAAUACACGCUGUUCGUUAAUAUCUCCAUUCGCGCCAAAAAACGCACGAACGUUCGGCUCAUUUCGCUAUCAUUUAAUGCAUUUUCGUACGGAAACAACCGAAUAAAUAUUCAUGUUUAAGCUCAUUAUUAUCUGCAUUCACUUUUCCGUUCGGUUAUUUCAGCACCAACCUACUCGUAUGGUUAAAUUCACGAACACCAUCUUACUAAUUUACAUUCGGUUAUUUCUAUUCUUUUAAGCUAAGAUUGCAUAAGUUCUAAUCACAGUCCUACUAUUAUUUAUUCCUUCAUAUCAGUUUGCGGUUACAUUAUAUGGUUAACUACCAGCCCUGUGUUUUCCUACCUUGUUAAACCAUUUAAAGUAUUUUUUCUGUAAUAUACAUAAUGUUCAUCACGGCUCAUAACUUCAUACGUGUCUAAAUUCAAGCUAUACCAAUCUUUCCUAAUAACACUCAGAUAAGUCUUUUUAAACACUAUUUACAAGUUAUACCCUUUACACAUAAUCCGUACUAUUCCUUGCACAUAAAUCACGCUGUCACAUUUUUCGGCUUUUACAGAUUGCAUCGGUCUCUUGCUUUUCUGCAUUAAAGUUGUUAUUCCAAGGUCCUUUUAUUACAGGAACAGGUAUGGUUUAUUAUCACCUUGAGUUAUCAGGUUUUAUCAAUUAUCUUCACAUCUAUUGCUAACUAUGGAAUUUCUCUCGGUUAAACCCUUAGAUCCUGUAUUAAUCUAAGAUUCCACCGUUUCCACGCAGUUAACCUGCCACGAUUAAAACAAUCUCUGUACUUUAAUCAAAGGUAUAGUUCACUCUCUUUUCAAUACUAGACCUCACGCGGUCUCAACUCCAUUACUACCUUCCCUCAGGCUUACGCCCAGGAUACGUUAUCUCUUUACUACUUGUCUACACAGACUUUCGGUCAUACGGCCACCAGGCUCAAGAAGACACCAAAUCCUGACACGGUACACAGCCAUACCUUCAGGUACUUACAUCCUUACUCAAGUACGUCCAUUCGCUACCCCAAGGCCUCAUUCUGCCUUCUCAAUCAUAUCCAAAAUCAUCCCAUUCCUACACCUAAACCUCCCAGAUCCCUCAAUGCAGGAUCUCACGUCGUGCCCCUAACAAACCUUCUCCCUAUACUAUUCAUACGACAUCACGAUACGUAUAAACACAUCAACAUCUGUCUUAAACCCCCAGGAUUCUUCCUCAAAGACAACAUUAAGACAAGACUCUCUACACUUACCAGGAGGCUCCAGAUACCAUUUGCGACCAGUCAAGGUUAGUAUCCACACACCAUUCCAGUCCUCUAACUUUACCCUUUAGCAUACUAUCGAACUGGCUAUACGGCACAGGCUAAUGCCUUAGCCCACCUUAUCAGGAAAUCUGAUCCCGCGAGGCCUACCACCCCCACCCCACCUCAACACGGAGGUACGGCCCCACGCCCAAAUCAUAGUUAUAAGCCUCGCAUGCCUUACUAUAGGGCUCUAGUUAGGGCCUCACCUGUCACGGCCACACGUUUUGAUUUCUCUUAUCGUCACCGAGAGGCCAACAUCCCGCCACCACGUCUGUGGCACCUACGUCAUAAGCCAAAUCAUAGGUAGAGCCUCUCAUCGCCACUUGGCAUUAGCAGGGCCUCACCUAUCCAGUCAUUCAAUAGUUAAGUUUUUCGCCUCGGCAUCUAGCAUUAAAGUCCAGUUCUUCAAGACACACCACUCCCCAUACCCCCCCUUCUUACCUCACUCCCCUUCUAAUAUAUCUUUCACAUAAUCAUUCCUUUUUAGAAUGUCCCAAGAACCAAUUCCAACCGAAGAACUGACAGAAGAAGCACCAUUCACGCCAAUCAGACCCGUGUCUCCAGGCGAAUCACUCACUCUUUCAACCCCCACGUCCUUGAGAGCAUGGACUAUUCCCAAAAUCACAGCCGAGCUUAGGCUCAGGGGAAUCCCCUUUCCGGCCACAGCUAGAAAGGCAGAACUUUACAGGCUGCUUACCCACCAAGUCCCCGAGCCUCGGCCGGGAACUAGCUCUCAAGGACAACCACCAAGUACCAGCACGGCCACCCAGGAUACCCUGGCAGAUAUCUUGGCCAAUCUACAGGCCCUCAAUAGCAGGCUGUCUAAGGUGGAAAGCGCCAUCUCCUCCUCAGGUACUAACACCGUAGUCCCAGUCUCUACCACGGCUGUACCUGCCAUACCUUCAUGUCCCUCUAUACUCCCCCCUCCAGCACCUGGCACAGCCAUCACACCUUUCGAGUCACCAGCACACUCCGUCCCAGAUUCUAUCAGGAAAGAUAUCCUUGACGGGAAGGAUGUGUGUCUGGUGUCUUUACUCAUAGCCUCUCAGGAUGUACUCGAGAACAAGGCAUACAAUUAUGGUGACAUCUCUGUUGUGCUUAAAACGAGGGAUCCCAGGCUUAAUAAAAAAUUGUCUAUCCCACAGUUUGUGAUAGCUUUCGGGAUAUACCGCGACGUCAUUUGCACGGUGUAUCCCCAUAGGAGAGAAGAGCUAGAUCUCUAUCUCCACAAGGUAGUGGAUCUAGGCAUCAAGUACGGGGGCUCUUCCUUCUAUGACUACCACAAGUCAGUCUCAGCGAAGGCGGCGACCCAUCUCAAGCAGUUCAACAUUAGAAUGAACUGGGGUCAGAUGGACACUGAACUUUUCUGUCGCCACUUCGCCGGACUCAGGCCCCCGGCUUGUGCCAUCUGUAAUUCCACAUCCCACAUGGCGGACUUAUGUCCCGUCGAACCAGAUCCCACCACCUCCACUCUCACCCCUCACCCCACGUUCACACCUCACUCCUCUUUCACCCCUCACAAGCCAGCGGGUGGUCUCCGGGAUAAGCUGGGUAGGCCCAUCUCCUUUUUAGGUAAAGCACAGGUGUGCAAUAAUUUCAACGCAGGCUCCUGCAGUUUCAGCGCCUGUAGACUAUUGCACAUCUGCUCCAUAUGUUUCAGGGCACAUACCAAGACCAUGUGUCCAGCCAGGUUGUCACCAAACAAAUGACUAACCGACAUUAAUAUCGACAACCUGGUUUUUUAUCUAAGGUGUCACCCCAGCAGGCACUUAGUGGAUUUUCUCACCACAGGUUUUUCACAAGGGUUUCACACAGGCAUAAUAGCCAUUCCCCCAGGUACACUAGAAUGUCCUAAUCUCCAGUCUGCACGUUUAGACCCAGUCGCUGUAGACACUCUCAUUUCCGCAGAAACCACAAACGGUUUCAUGAUCGGUCCUUUCACCUCUUCACCGUUUUCCUCCUGGCGCACUAACCCUAUUGGUAUUGCUAUUCACAAAUAUUCUAAUAAAAAACGUCUCAUUAUCGAUUUAUCGGCACCGCACUCCUCUUUUGUUCCAAGCAUAAACGCACUCAUUCCAGCAGACGAAUUCUCUCUGCAGUACGUCACCAUCGACGACGCUAUACAGUCUAUCAUGACAUCUGGUAAUCGACCCUGGCUCAGCAAAACAGACAUCACUAACGCCUUUAAAUUACUGCCCAUACACCCCUCACUCUGGCACUUACACGGUGUUAAAUGGCGAGGGUAUUAUUACUUCUCAACACGACUCACUUUUGGUUCCCGAAGCAGCCCCAAACUUUUCGACAUUUUCGCUGAGUCACUAUGCUGGCUGCUUCUGAAUGUCAUCAGGUGUCACUCCGUUAUUCACUAUCUAGAUGACUUUCUACUGAUAGAGCCAGGGUCAUCAACACCCACAGCAAUCAAUAGUACUACCGCACUUUUUUCCACACUUGGAGUCCCUUUGUCCCCAGCCAAAACUAUAGGACCCACCACAAAGUUGACCUUUUUAGGCAUAGAGCUCGAUUCUGUCAAACUCAGAGCUAGCCUUCCACACGACAAACUUUCACGAUUGAGAGGGGAGAUAGACACGUUCCUGCGGAAUGACGUUUGCACCAGGAGAGAACUUCAGUCCCUUCUUGGAUCUCUGAACUUCGCCAUGCGCAUCAUUCCGCAGGGAAGGUCUUUUAUUUCCAGACUUCUUUGCCUGCUCCAUGGAGUCCCGGACUCCGGCACAGUUUCUUUGGACCCCCACGCCAAGGCUGACUUGGCUAUGUGGGGGAAGUUUUUGAAAGACUGGAAUGGUAUCUCCAUGUUUAUCCCCCUCUCUCCACCUCUUCACCCAUCAUCCACACAGACGCAGCAGCCAACACCGGUUUCGCAGCCAUUUUCGGGAACCACUGGUUUAGGGGCCACUGGCCCACUGAGACGGAUGCCUUGCCAGGAUUCAGGGAAACCUCAACCCUAUUUGAAAUUUACCCCAUUGUGGCGGCCGCACACACCUGGGGUCAUCUCUGGUCCGGCAAGGCAGUAAAAUGCUACUCAGAUAACUCGGCAGCUUGCGAUAUUAUUAACAAAGGGCGCUCAUCAUCCCUAACCAUCAUGCGGCUGAUUCGCAAGUUGACCUGGCUGGCAGCAUCCAAUCAGUUUCACUUAGUAUGUUCUCAUAUCCCGGGUAUUCACAACACCGCCGCUGACGCUCUUUCUCGUUCUCGAUUCCAGGCAUUUUCUCAGGCACUCCCAGCAGCUCACCAUCAGCCAUCCAGGACACCACGGUUUCACGAACUAAUAUUGGAUUAAGCACACUCUUGCUUCACGCUAGAUCACUCACUCACCAAGCAUUAUCACCCAACACUGCUAUCACUUACAAUAGGGCACUUAACAUAUUUAAUAAAUUCACUGCAGAAUUUGGGCUACAAGGUGACUUUUCUAUCCAAACCAUGGUGUCUUUUGCCUCUUUCUGCCACCUACACCUUAAUCUGUCACACAACACCAUUAAACUUUACCUCACCGGGGUUCAGCACCACAGCCUCACCAAUUUUCCUAACAGCACCCCCUUUUUGUCUUCAUACCCCAUAAAAAAGGUCUUGAAAGGUAUAUCUAAGGUUUCACCACCACUCGCAAGCACUAGAUUACCCAUAGACGGGCCUAUCUUCAGGUCUCUUAGCAAUCUCCUUGACACAGCCCCAUUUGAUAGCUACACCAAUACGGUGAUAAAAUCUGCCAUAUAUCUCGCUUUCUACGGUUUUCUCAGACCUAGAGAGUUCACAGUGAUUUGUCAAGGAGAUAUCGCACAAUGCCUUAAAACUUCACACCUCACCAAGGUAGAGGAUCACUACCUCCUCUCUAUCCCUACCACUAAAACCAACCGGUCAAUACAUCCUACAAUAAUUCCUCUCUUCCCUACUGAUAAUGCCUGGUGUCCGGUGAAAGUUCUCGACCAACUACGGUCUACUUUUCGCACUCACCUGCCAGACUCUCCGCUCUUAACAUUACAAGGGCACCCGCUUACCACGGCAAAAUUGAUGUCACAUGUCAGAACCCUGUUAUCUAAGCUCGGACACAAUCCGGCUGCAUUCUCCGGGCACUCCUUCCGCAUAGGAGCCGCCUCAGCAGCCUCAAGCACAAACGCACCGGUCCACAUCAUCAAAAGGCUCGGGCGAUGGAAAUCCUCCAUAUAUAACGCAUAUAUUCCGCAACCAGAGAAAGAGCUUCGCCAAGCUUUCAGAAACUUGGUCUUGUAAAAUGCAAUAAAGUGUGUAUUUUCUCGAAUUUAUCUUUUUGCCCUCUUUUAUUUACAGGCCCACUCGUACGUUGGUUUCGGCACACCACAACCAACUUUGCUCACAGUUACUAUCCAUCACGUAUUUAAAUUCCGAGCACAAGUAGAAAGGCCAUUAGGCCUGAAUUUGUGGGAGGAGUAAGUCCCCUACUUAAGCUCCCAGCCCCUACUCACCGCUGCCGCUCAGCUGAUUGUCCCCACCCACCUACACCCUGUUUUAACUACAUUAUCCUUGGUGGGCCCUCUUUUAUUUACAGGCCCACUCGUACGUUGGUUUCGGCACACCACAACCAACUUUGCUCACAGUUACUAUCCAUCACGUAUUUAAAUUCCGAGCACAAAUAUAUAUAUAUAUAUAUUUCUUCCAGUAUUCCAUUGUUUAUAUAGUAUGUUGUAUCCUCUGCUUCUUCUCUUUUUCUCAUCUCUCUACAGGGGUUAUCCCCCAAUUAGGAGGUAUACGUAGGCAUUUAUUAUAUUUUUUCAUCUUUUCUUGCUUUUCUUUUUGUUGUAUUUUCAAACCAGUACUUUCACACCAGUCAUUCUGAACUCCUGGGUUUGGGCCUUCCUACUAUUUCGGUGGAACAGUUGAAACAGUUACAUCGUAUCCAUCAUUCCCGUCCCCUCUUCAUACAAAUGCACACGCAUGUUUUUUAUGCAGUGGAAUAUCCUUUCCCUGUGCACUGAGUUAAUUUUUCAAUUGAAGAAUGGCUCACUGAGUUGAUUUUAAAGUUAAUGAUUGGGUCACUAUAGUCAUGCCAAACAUGUGUAAUGUUAAGUAAUUUGAGAAUGUGUCAAAAGAGUUUAAAGCGGUUCUGUCAUCUUCUGGGGUCUUUGUAUACUGGUGUGAUGGUGACAUCACCACUCGUUGUGCCGGGAGUACAGGAGAAGGUAGGUUGUACUUACCUGAAGCUGUCCACCGCCAUGUCCAUCUGGGGGAAGCUCUCCGGCUCCAGGCAGUACAUCUCCCAGGAACCCACGUCAGUGAUGUGAGCGAGUAGAACAAUUAUGUUUAUGUAGGAUCUUUAUGGGCAAUGCCCUUUUCUUCACAGCUAGAACUAGUGAUGGCUGGUGGCAUUAACAAAACUUGACAACAAUAGCUCCCUCCUUGUCAAGUUUUGUCAAGCAGAGGGAAACUGCAUAAAGCAAAAUAGCCCCUGCUUUGUCUUAUAACGUCUUUUUGACUGUGUUGGAUUUUAAGUGUAAGUCCAACACAGAUUUUAUCUUUAUGAAAUAUUCAUUAUUUUGGAAGGGUGACAGAGCCGCUUUAAGAACCACUGUUUUAGACCAUCAAUGGUCUAGGCUUGACAGGCUCUCUUUUCCAGAGUAUUAACUCUGCUUCUGAGAUAAAAUCUUUAAAAUCUAUAAAAUACCCAGACUGACUUUGUAGUUUCAUGAAAAUUCCAAAGGAAUCUCUUGAUAUCAUAAGGUAAAAUAGGGACUAUGUAUUAUGGGCAAAGGCUAGGUUGAUAAAAAAGCCUUCAAAAAGUGGAGCUUUUGCUGUCAGGUUUUGCCAAUUAUUGAUGGUUGAGGAAAAGGCAUUUCUCACAAAUUGCAUAAGAAGUUGUAUGAAUUUUCUUGAGGUCUUGCAGUGUCUUCCACAUAAAUUCCAUUUUUACUCAGGAAAGCUGGAACAUGCUAAAGAAUGUUUGAAAGGAAUUGAAGCAAGUUUGAUGUUUACAGGCAUCCAUAAAUUGUGUAAUUCCUCUUAUUUUAGUUUUCCUUUUUUACCGUACUAAUUUGUAACGUUUUUGUUGGAUUGCAUUAUUUCAGACAAAUAUGUAUUUCUUACUCUAUGCGCCCUAGUCAUCAUUUGGGUGACCAGGCCAGUGCAGCCAGAGUUAAAAAAUAUAUUUUACUUACCUUUCUUCUCUUGCAGCACUGGUCUUGUCACCUAUUUGUCUGAGAUCAACUAGGGAGGCUAGUGCGCAUGCGUGGCAAAACACCAUGCCCACCAAUCAGAUGGUCUCUCUGAGAUCAUCUUAUUAAAAUAGCAGUUUUAUUCUGCUAUUUCAUGGAAGCGCCUCUAGUAGCUGCCUUAUUGACCAUCUCUCAUUGAUAUGACUUGGUCUGUGUUCUUAUAGUACUUUAAUAUGAGGCCAACAUUUCCUAAAAUGGAUAUGUUUACAACGUAAUGUUACCAUCGAUUUCACACAGUCAAUAUGGAACUCUCAGAAAUCAACAUUUUAAAGACUUCAUAACCUGUGAGAACUUGAAAAUUGGACAUUGCAUUGUUUUUGCAGCACUGUGCAGAAGGGGUUUUCUUAUGUUUGUUUUGAAAGCACUUAUUCAGCACCUUUUAUGUAGAAAUGUGAAGUAAAGGUAACAUUUGGAUAAUUUGGAUAAUAUCAGUGUUAGUUCAGGAUCUUAAAGGGGGAUUUAUAAACAAAUUAUAUUGUUGUUAUGUAUUUCUAAAUGUAUGGUAUAUCUGAAAUUGUGUGUGAGUCCAUUUUGUGUCUAUAAGCUCCCAUCCUCAGCUGCGCUGCAAAUAUCACAACAAUAAGACAUUGGGCAUACUCUUAUUUAUGGAAAAUACAUUCUCUUAAUUUUUCAUUAGUUUAUCACUGAACAAUGAAAACAUUUUUUUUUUUUAAAUCCAGAGAGAUAGUAGAAAUACAGUCACUCAAUUGGUGUAUUCAACAUAAUACUUUUAAAUCUUGCUGAGGUCACUCCAAACAAAUCUAGCCAUUCUCCCAAUCUAUACAUUUGCCAGCAAAACCGCUAGCACAAUGCUUACAUGGAAUUUGAGGCCUUUAAAAAAGAUCAAGACUACCUUUUGUCAUGACAGGUUCCCUUUUUGAUGUUUUUAAAAACUCCAGGAUCCAUAACCAUUGCAGCCUGAGCUCUCAGCGAAUAAGCUUUCAGCCAGUUAUGCAGUGGUUAUGGUGCAUGAAGGCCCCUGGAGCCAUCCGAUGACAAGUCAUGGACAAUUUGAGAGUUAUCUGUGUCCCUGUCUUCUUUUGUGGUGUACCAUAUAAGUUACCCUUAGUACAGCACCAGGCGAAUUCUGGAACCAUAACCACUUCAACCUGUUGCAGCAGUUAUCGUGCCUACAAAGCCCCUUUAAAGGGUUAUUCCAAGCAUCAUAACCAAUAUGGCUAGCUGCAGUGGUUAUGAUGACAAGAGUCUCCUGACCUGAUUACCUGGUUAUGACUAUUAAAUGAAUUGACCUCUUAUCUGGGUCCCUACCAGGCUCCUUAUCUCCUGUCCUGCUACGUGACGAGCUCUCGGCUUCUGCAGAGGUGCAGAAACUGGAACCUGAUGCAGUCGCCAUUCAAUGGCUUAGUGUUAGCUGACUGUUCUCAGCCAAUAAAUGGAAUUCUGUGCAAAAUAAAUUUGAUGAUGUCACUCCUGUCAUGCUGCCAUAGGUGAAGCUACAUCUCAGGCAGCAGAGGGGUUACUCUCUGUAUGUACAGCGUUCCAAAGUGAAAUGCUGCACAUACAGGCUUCAGGCACCAUAACCACUUCAAGUCACUGAAGUGGUUACGGCACUUGGAGUAACCCUUUAAGGUAAUCAGUGCCAUUCUGGUUGAAAAUCAAAGGAUCUUGGUAAGACAUGCAUAUUGAAUUUGCCAAGCUGUCACAGCAUGGAUUUAUGUUCUUAAAUGGAAAGGCAACUGAGAAUGUCAGAGUUUGGGGGAAAAGUCUAUCUACGUGAGUAAGAGGCUUUUUCAUUGAACGAUUUGUCAUUUUAUCUCUGAUCAGUGAUUGGUGUAUUUCUGUCACGUGAUCCUGAUGCUAUUUUUAGUUUUAUAUUUGCACAGAUUAUAUUCAUACACUAGCUAGAACGGUACAGAAUUGUACUGAUUUUCUAGAGAAGACUCUUUAAGGCCCUUUAUCCAUUUGUGUUUUGAAUUAUUCUUCCAGAUGUGCUUAGUGACGCAUUAUCCCUCCUACAUCUUCUCUGAGAUUCCUCUGGUCUCUCUAAUGCUCCAUGGAUUAGAUAAUAUUUAAGAGAGUGAAUUAUAUUAGAUGUAGAUAUAAAAUCCAAAAAAAAUUUCAGUCAAAAAUAUAUACAGUAUAAAGACAAGCUUUGCGUGUACUGUUAUGUAUAUUUGGAAGAAAAUUUGAUAUUUGUGUUUUUUUAUCAAGCACAAACUGCAUUAAAGGGACAGUUUAGGCACCAUAACAACUUCAUUUAAAUUAAGGUGUUAUGGUGCCAGAAGGCCCCCAGGCACAUUCUUACCUCAAGAGGUUAAAUGGUUCUCGAAUGGUUUUACCCUAAAGCGAGCCUCUCAGCUCAGCAACAGUCUCAGCUCCCUCCAGGCGACAUUCGGCUUCUGAAAUUUCAAGAAAUUUCAGAAACGUAGCUUUUCCAAGCCAGUUUUGUAAAUGGGCAGUCUUUGAUUGGCUGAGGGCUUCAGCUGAUCUCUCAGCCAAUCAGCGAUGCCCCAGCCUGGCGGCACUCUGAGCUUCCUGAAACUAAAAUUUCAGAAGCCAGAUGCCGCCUAAGUGUAGUUGAGAUCAGCGCUGGAUGUAACUUUGGGGUUAAACUUUUUGAGAACUGUUUAACCCCUUGAGGUAAGAGUGUGCCCAGGAGCCCCCUGGCACCAUGACAACUUCACUUUGAUGAAGUAGUUUUGGUGCUUGGAGUGUUCCUUUAACUCUGAUUCAUACGCUAAACUACGAGUUCUGGAAAUUUAAAUGUGUAAUUAAUAUUAUAGUCCAAAGUAGCCAAGCUGGAUGAUAUAGCUGAAUUUAUGAAAUUUUCAAACAAAGGUUCUGAACAGGCUAAUGUAAAUGUUGUGCAUAUUGAGGCACCAUGCGCAUCAUGCUGUCGAAUGAUGAUCAGAGGUGCGCGUGGCCCCCUCUCCGUGCCGUCCAAGUCCUCUCCCUCCAGGAUUGCUGUCAUGAAUAGGAAUGAGCGCUGCAGAAUUUUUUGGCGCUUUAUAAAUAAUAACAAUAAUGUCACCAGAGGGAGAUUGGCCUGCCGGGAGAACUUGGCAUCAGCGUGGGAUCACAGGUAAGUUUAAGCUAUUUCCCUUUUUAAAAACCCUUUGAGGGGGCAUGGAAGUAAAGAUAUAAAAUUUUCUUGUGUGUGUGUGUGUAUUUUCUUGAAUUUUUUGUUUGGAGUAACCCUUUAAAGGAAUACCUCGAGCGCCAUAACCACUAAAGAGUGGUUAGUGGUUAUGAUGUCAGAAGUGCCUUUUAGCCACCAUUGUAAGUAGUCAAACUAGUAGUUUGACUUCUUACCUGGGGUCCUGACCUCCGCUACUUUUAAAAGAGAGACAGAACCCUUUGGUUAGGAACUUUGUACCAAGCUCUGCAGUAAGGGCUAGCUCAUUGGUGGAGAAUAUCAGCUAAUUGGUCUCAGCCAAUUAACUAAGCCCCGCACCACUGAUCUCAGCCAAUUAACUACUAUAUACAAGAUAAAAGGUGCGCUGUGUUUUUCAAACAAAGUUACAUAUAUGAUGACACACACAAAGAGUUAAACUGUAAUACUGCAAUACAAUAGACUGUGAUACUGUAAUACAAUAUACAGCCCCACUCUAGUGAAGUGACUUCGUUUUUCUAGAAUUGUGCAAAAUACAUCAAAGUCCACUAAACAAGUGCAAAAACCACUCAAUGUGAUUUAGUGCGUAUAAAACCCAAACAUGGUAACAACUUACAAUAAAUAAUCGAUGUAGUGAAGAUUCUAAGCUUCUAAUAUUCUUAUUCACUUGUUUAUUAUUGUUUUUUUCUUGCUUCCAGCUAUCGGUCUUAAGAAGUAAACCUAAAACUAUAUGACUACUUUAAAUGAGCAACUACAGCAUGGUGUGAUUUAAGCUAUAUAUUAUGGAGAUUAAAGGACCACUAUAGUGCCAGGAAAACAUACUCGUUUUCCUGGCACUAUAGUGCCCUGAGGGUGCCCCCACCCUCAGGGUCCCCCUCCCGCCAGGCUCUGGAAGGGGGGAAGGGGUAAAAACUUACCUUUUUCCAGCGCUGGGCGGAGAGCUCUCCUCCUCCGAUCCUCCUUCUCUCCUCCCCUUCGGCUGAAUGCGCACGCGCGGCAAGAGCUGCGCGCGCAUACAGCCGGUCACAUAGGAAAGCAUUCAUAAUGCUUUCCUAUGGACGCUGGCGUGCUCUCACUGUGAAAAUCACUUAGAACUCAGCACCCUUUAAAAAUAGUAGAAACAUCCUGAUUGGCUGAGACAUUUCCUGGUUUAAUUGGAACACACUGCAGAAUCUGCAAAGCGUGUUGCUAUGUAAAAAAAAGAAGGGUCUUCAAAGAUAUUGUUUUGUUUCAUUUUUAUAUUGGGCAUAUUUUUCAUGUAUUAUGUAUAAAAUAUAUAUAUCCCACCAGUAGUGUCCCUUUAAAGGCAAUUUCAGGUACAUACCCCUAUCGAUAAUGCAGUGUGUCCCAAAGUGCUCAUUAUCUCUAGUUAGACACUUGAUACGAAAGUUUUAUCAACGUGUUGCUAAACAGAAAAACAAAACAUUUCAUGGUUUCCGGCUAUAACGCAGCUAUAUAUCCUUGCACAAAAAUAGACAUAAUCCACCUCCACAUCUGGUGCUAGAAUGAUUCUGGCGAGUGGCCACGCUAACAGAAAGCCUGGCCUGUUGUAUUGUGCAGGAGUUACACCGUUAGCAGCAUUUUAUAUAUUUGCAUUUCCACGUAAAUACCACUGAUGGCACGUGGUGUAAGAUAACCUCCAUGAGUUUAGACAGUAUUUAUUUUUGGCUAGGUUCCUUCUAUGCUUCCUUUUUAGUCUUUCCAGUGUAUGUUUGGCAGGACUUCCAGUGUGCACUAGUUGUAUUAGCCUGUGGGAGUCUGUGUUUUGUGAUGCUACCACCUUGGCACUGUGGUCUGUACCUUCACUUCUCAUCAGCCUUUCUCUGAAGUUAAAGUGACACACUAAGAAACAUAAUAACCACUAUGGUCCAAUGUUGUGAAUAUGUUGCCAAGAGUCUCUAGCGGCUGGGCCACGAUUCUUUGUCAGACCUUUUGGUAGAGUUUUGACAAAAACUAGGACUCUUCGCGGCAACCAGAAACCAACCUCUCCUCUGCCACAUUGGUAAUCGAGAAUUUACGCCCCUGCAUUAACAUUAUUGGUUUUAUCCAGUUUGGACAGUGGUGAUUGGCUGAUAAUGUUUCUGCAGUGGUUAUUUUGCUUAGAAUGCCCCUUUAAGAUCCAUCAUGCACUUGUAUGUCUUGUUGAUCUCGUUCACCCAGGGAGAUAAAGAGGGCGUUGUUAGAUGUGAUGUAGAACAGAUGGUUGUCAUGUGGCACAGAGCGCUGCAGCUCACAUUUACACGUAUACCUGGCAGAACCUGUUGGGUGAGAUAGCUGAGCAAAGGAUUUUAGGCUGACAGUCAUUGGCACUGUGUGGUUAGAUCACAGUAAGUCAUUCUGUUUUCAUAUAAAGUGGAUUAAAAUGUAGCAAUAAAAUGAUUUAUGAAAGGAAUGUAUCCGCAAUAAGUUACAGUCAGGUCCAUAAAUAUUGGGACAUUGACACAAUUCUAAUCUUUUUGGCUCUAUACACCAACACAAUGGGUUUGAAAUGAAACAAAAAAGAUGUGCUUUAACUGCAGACUUUCAGCUUUAAUUUAAGGGUAUUUACAUCCAAAACGGUUUAGGAAUUACAACAGUUUGUAUAUGUGCCUCCCACUUUUGAACGUUUUGAUACAAGGUUUGUGUAGGUGGGCUUGAAAAUGAGGGAGUGGUGGCAGUUUAGACAUCAUGUCCUGAUUUUUCAGCUUUUGCCAGCUCCCAAUCUAGUUUUGAACAUUUUGUCAUUCAUUCCUAUGGGACCAAUUUUGCCACAAGAACGACGAUAUUCCGUGUACCAUUCGGCGAAACGUUCCACAAAGUAAUAGCACACCAAUCGGGAACAAUCCGCACGUUUCGGUUUAUUACUGUCUAUGUAGUGUAAAAACUGUGGGAGGAGUUAGGGUGGUAAAUUUAGCUAUAAUAAGAAUAAUAAUAUAUAUGUGAGAUAACAUUAAGUGGUCUUGCUAUACAAGAACACUUAAUUAAUAGGAAGAGUUAUAUGGAGCAAUAAGAGGAGUUAUAGGGAGAGUUAUAUGAAGUAAUAGGAGAAGUUAUAGGGAGUAAUAGGAGGAGUUAUAGGGAGGGUUAUACGGAGCAAUAGGAGGAGUUAUAGGGAGCAAUAAGAGGAGUUAUAGGUAAGGUUAUAUGGAGCAAUAGGAGGAGUUAUAGGGAGAGGUUAUAUGGAGCAAUAGGAGGAAUUAUAGGGAGGGUUAUAUGGAGUAAUAGGAGGAGUUAUAGGGAGGGUUAUAUGGAGCAAUAGAAGGAGUUAUAGGGAGGGUUAUAUGGAGCAAUAGGAGGAGUUACUGGGAGGGUUUUAUGGAGUAAUAGGAGGAGUUAUAGGGAGGGUUAUAUGGAGCAAUAGGAGGAGUUACUGGGAGGGUUUUAUGGAGUAAUAGGAGGAGUUAUAGGGAGGGUUAUAUGGAGCAAUAGGGGGAGUUAUAGGGAGGGUAAUAUGGAGUAAUAGGAGGAGUUACUGGGAGGGUUUUAUGGAGUAAUAGGAGGAGUUACUGGGAGGGUUAUAUGAAUUAUUAGGAGUCUUUUAUGGAGUUAUAUUGAGCAAUACAAACAUUUUCAGAUAUUAUAUGGCAUUAACACAUAACACAGUGAGUUAAAUGAUAGCAGGAAGAUUUGGCUGUCUACUGAAAUAGUGCUUGACAUGUUUCUUUUAUGUUGUAUCCACAUUAAGAUUCACAUUAGGCACUGCCAGUUGUUUAGGAUUGUUCAAUGAAAAUAUUUAGUUUUGCUGCCGUAGCAAUACUGUUAUUUACUUUGAUUAACAUUUAUAGAAGCCAUCUGACUAAUCGUAUACCACAACCCCUUUUUAACAGAUGUUUUCUAGUUAAAACUGUGUGAAAGGCCAAAACUGUUUUCGAAGUAAAUCACUACGUUAACCCCUUCAUGACUGAUAACUUGCCAAGACUGUGAUGAACGCAAACGAUUUGCCUAAUUCUGAAGUGGUAGAACUGAAAAACUGUAAACGCCUAGACAGACAGAGAAGAUUACAGAUUACAUUACAGUAAAUUGUGACAGUCGUGCAAUUUAUUUAUAUUUUGAUAUAGAUCCACGGGGCUAUUUACUAAAGUGUGAAUUGUAAUAAAUUCAGUAAAUUCAUAGUAUCAAAGUAAAUUUCAAAUAUUGGGCCAAAAAUGGGGGAAUAGCUUUCAGUACUGCUAUUUUAGUCUACAAUUUCAAAUUAAUUUUCAAUUCCGGAUAAUUCCCACUUUAGUAAGUAAUCCUGAAUUUUAAAAAACACUCUGAGCACCAUAACCACUGCAGCGAGUUAUGGUGUAGAAGAGCACUAGUGUCCUCCCAAAGUAAGUAUUCAAACAGUUUAAGAACAGUUGGACAAUUUACCAGGGGUCCGUUGUGUGCCUGUUGUAGCCUCUUUCACUGCGAUAAACUCUGCCACUGAGCUUAGCCUGGUGAGGUAGACUGGGCUUAUUGGCUGAGAACACUCAGCUGACUUUCCUAGCCAAAGAGCUGGUCCAGCGUGGCAGGGCUUAGCACAGUGGAUACUACAGUAUCACCUUGCAGAACCAUUAGCCUCCAAGGGAGGUGGUCAUGGUCUCCUGGUGGGACUAAAUCAGAUAAUUCUUAAAGGAACAGUAUAGCGUUAGAAAUACAAACAUGGAAUCCUAACGCUGAAGUGUUCACCUGUGACCUAUCUACAUAGGUGUUCAACCCCCAUUGCAGUGGCUUCCUAAUAGCCCCUAUAGGCCUGUUAACCCUGCAAUGAAAACACUGCCGUUCUGGCAAAAUGGUAAUAUUUUCAGUAGCAGGCAUAAACAGACAGCUACAUUGCACCCAAACUACUUCAUUGAGAUGAAGUGGUUUAGGUGCCUAUAGAAUCCCUUUAAUCGGUUUGAUUACUUUCUGCAGUACGGCGUCUGGCACCUUAACCACAGGAGCAGGUUAUAGUGGCUAUGGUACUAGGAGGCAUCUUUUAACACUUUUCAGAUAGCUGCAGAGUAGAGGGAAGCUAUGGUAAAUGUAGUAUUUAUACAGUGUCUGCGUUUGUGGAAUCUCAGAGAAGAUUUAGCUUGACUAAUGCAUCAGUAACCACAUCUGGAAGAAUAAUUCAAAACAGAAACGGAUAAGGACCUUGUAACUGCCUCCGCUAGAAAAUCAGUACAUUUCUGUGGCUGCUUGUAUUUAAUUUAAUCUGCGUAAAUAAAAACCUAAAUAUAACACCAGGAUCAUGUGACAUGCAUACACCAAUCAGUAAUCAGAGAUACAAUGUCAAAUCAAUCAAUAGAGAUGUGUCUAACUGAUAAAAAUUAUUAUUAUGUUUUAUGCACAGUUGUUUUAUGUAAAGAUAAUCGAACUGUGAGAGCUGAUUCACUAAGCAGUGAAUUGUAGUGAAUUGGAAACAAAACUAUAAUUAGGUGAAAAUUGUGGAAGAAUUCUCCAACUUGGGUAUAAUCACAGCUUGGCUAUUUUAACCUGAAAUAAGAUACCAGAGAAACAGGAAAGGGCACAUAAUCAGGACUGUCCCUCUGGUUUUAUUAUUAUUAUUUUUAUUUUUUUAUAGUUAUGUGGAACAUUUUACCUUACUGUAGAAGAUAUAGUAAAUGCACUAGCCAUACGGUGUAUGUAUAUUUUAUUUAUAGUACUAACAGGGUACUUAGCGCUUUACAGAUUGGAUUACUAAUUAUACAGUGUAUGUAUAUUUUAUUUAUAAUGUUAACAUGAUUACUUACGGCUUUGGGUUAUAUUACAAUAGACGUGAGCCACAGUAAAUGCUGUAGUUAUAUGGUAUAGGUAUAAAUUGUUUAUAUAACUAUAACAGAUAUACUUACCACCAAUGUGUGUUAAACCCCCCCACCCUCCCCUUCCCUCUCCCUCUCCCUCUCCCUUCCCUCUCCCUCUCCCUCUCCCUUUAUUGAUAAUUUAGCAUGCUGCUGGGAGGCUGACAUUGGCGUGCACAGCCUAUUGCAUUAGAGUGUGCACCGUAAAGCACAAACACAUGUCGCAUGUAUGUAUGUAUAUAUAUAUAUAUAUAUAUAUACACACACACACACACUAUUGUUUGUGUGUGUCUGUGUUCUGUUAGUGCACUGUGUGAGGAUGCUGUGUGUGUAAGGGUGCCGUGUGCGUGUGAGGGUGCUGUUAGUGUGAUGUGUGUGUGUGAGGGUGCUGGUAGUGUGCUAUGUGGGUGAGGGUGCUGUUAGUGUGCUGUGUGUGAGGGUGCCGUUUGUGUGCUGUGUGUGAGGGUGUUUGUGUGCUGUGUGUGAGCGUCCUGUUAGUGUGCUGUGUGAGGGUGCUGUGUGUGUGAGGGUGCCGUUUGUGUGAUGUGUGUGUGUGAGAGUGUUGUUUGUGUUGUGUAUUUGUGAGGGUUCUGUUAGUGUCGUGUAUUUGUGUGAGGGUGCUGUUAGUGUGCUGUGUGUGUGUGUUUGUAAGGGUACUGUGUGUGUGUGUGUGUUUGUAAGGGUGCUGUGUGUGUUUGUGAGGGUGCUGUUAGUGUGCUAUGUGUGUGAGGGUGCUGUGUGUGCUGUGUGUGUGUGGGUGCUGUAUGUGUAUGUGUGCUGUGUGUGUGAGGGUGCUGUGUGUGAGGGUGCUGUUUGUGUGCUGUGUGUGUGAAGGUGCUGUGUGUGCACGCUGUUUGUGUUAGGGUGCUGUAUGUGUGUAGGUGCUGUGUGUGUGUGUGGCUGCUGUAUGUUUGGAGAGAUUGUGAAGGUGGGGGCAGAUUAGUAAAUAUCCCCCUCCCUUCUUACCUUAUGUAGGUAGGAGGGAUCCUUGCUGCCAUGUGCCAUCCCUGGUGGUCCAGUGGAGAGUGAACUCUAGCCUGCGGGGCUAGAGUUCACUCUCGCGAGAUCUGAGCGUCGCGAGAGAGAGGAACCUGGCGGAGCUUCUGUCUAGAGCUCCCCGGGUCCUCUUCUGCCUCCCUCCAUGCUGCUGUGGGCCGGUGAGGUAGAUCUUUGAUCUCCCCGCUGGCCCAUGGAGGCUUGGAGUAGAGCCGGCACUCAGAUAGCGCCGGCUCUGCAUGAGCCGACAGGGGAGAUCCAGAGAUCUCCCCUGCCGGCAGGGGUCAAGUCCUGGGGAAUAAAGGGUGGGAACUCUCCCAAGAUUCCCACCCCCCCCCAAAAAAAAUUAUAUACACUUGUGUAUAUAAAUGUGCACACACACACUUACAUAUAUAUAUAUAUAUACACACGCGUACACACACAUACACUCACAGACACAUACAUGCUCAGAAACAUACAUUCACAGACACACACACAUACAUUCACAGACACACAUGCACACACACACUUACAGACACACACAUACUCAGACACACACACACAUACAUAUACAGACACACACACACACACACACACUUACAGACACACACACAUACACAUUCACAGACACAUACACAUACACAUACUCAGACACACACACAUACACACAGACACACACACACUCACAAAUAAAAAGAUUUAAAUUAAAAAUUUUCCACCCAGCCUCCCUACCUGGAGUGCUGGCGUGGACUUGUCCCUGGGGUCCAGUGGGUCGGGCGCCUGUCUCCAUCUAAGCCGCGUUGAGGGAGCUGUGUGCUCUCCGCUCCCUCUCGCCGCGCGGGCUGUCUGCUGUAGCUGGGAUCCGGAAUAUGACGUCAAAACGGCGAGAGGGAGCAGAGAGCACACAGCUCCCUCGCCACGGCUGAGAUGGAGACAGGCGCCCGACUGGGGGGUAUCACCACUUGGCACCCCCCCCCAGUGACAGGGGGAACACGGGGGAGGAGGAGGGCGUUUGGGGGGCGGCAGAGUGCCUGCAGGAACAGCGGGAAUACCGUUCCCACGCGUUCCUGCAGGACUCACAGGCGUGCCGCGGGGAUUAGGGUGUGCCCAGGCACACCCCGUGCGCACGCCUAUGGAGGCUGAGUAACUAGUCAUGUCAGGAUUUUGGGUAAUUUAUUUUAAAAAAAACAGGCAAUCUAACAAUGCCCAUUUUCAGGGUAUAGACCCCUUAGACAUGCUUAGUCGGCCCUAAAAGAAUUUCUGCAGUCAGCCAUUGGCUUUGCAUGAGGCUGUAGAUUCCUGAAUACCCAUAUAGACAAGUCUGCAUAUCAUUCUUUCUCUAGGGAUGUCAUUGAAUAAAAGCAUCAUUAGGUGGAGUUGGACCUCUUUACGGUUUCCCAGAUACACACAUCUGUGGAGUUAUUGUUUUGAAUAGAGUAUGACAUCAUGGGGUUAAAGUUGUAUUCCUGGCGCUAUAGUAGCCUAAAUUGCCCCCCUUCCUCGCGCCCCCAAUCCUCCGUGGUGCUAUAAGGGUUAAAAACCCUUUUGUCACUUACCUGAUUCCAGCGCUGAUGUCCCUUAGCACUGAGUGAGGCUCCGCGUCUGCUCCUCCCCCGCCGAUGUCAGCAGUCAAGGGGCGGGGGGUCUAAUACACAUGUGCGGCAAGUGCCACAAUCGCAAUAGGACUACCCCACAGAAAAGCAUUGAAUCAAUGCUUUCCUGUGCCGUUUUAGCUGACGCUGGAUGCACUCAUGCAGAAAGUGAGGACGCCCAGCGUCAGAUAGGCAACUAAAAGUCGCCUGACGAACUGGGAGUGCCUUUAGUGGCUGUCUGGUAGGAAGCCACUAGACGUGGAGUUAAACCUGCAAUAUAAUUCUUGCAGUUUAUCAAUAACUGCAAUAAUUACAAUUGCAGAGUUAAACUGACAGGGACACAUUGCACCCAGACCACUUCAAUGAGCUGAAGUGGUCUGGGUGCCUAUAGUGUCCCUUUAAAUAGGCCGAGCCCAACAAAUCAGAGUGCAGUGCCCACCAUUUCUAAACUUUACCAGCUACCACUGCUUACCACAAUAAACCGUACGUUAAAGUCAAGGGGAGAUACAGAAAUACAGUAUGUAUAGUAGAUCAUUAUAAACACAAAUUAUUAAUAAUUUAAGUUAUGCAUGCUUUAGAAUGGUUACAUGGUUUCCCCGGCUCAUGCUCUGCACACGUCUUCCUUUCUCCCACGAAACGACCAGGAGAUGGGUUACUGGACAGAGCUCAGUGCCUGGUUGUAGCUGCAUGCUUCUCAUUCAGUGUAUUCCAGCUGUGAUCUAGUUUCAUAACUUCCAGCUGUGCUCUCAUUUUACAAUAUCCAGCUGUGAUCUCAGCCAUGACGUUACAGCUGCAUUGUAAUUUAGUUUCGCCGUGCAUUGUGGUAAUAUUUCGAAUGUAUGGGAAUAGGGAACAUGAAGCUGUGAGUAAAGAAGGGAAGUGCAAGAUAAGUGGAUGACUUGGGAUUCAGAGAAAUGAGACAAAUAAAAAAUGUACCAUAAUAGGUGGUAAAAUCGAUUUAGUUACUAAAACAGAAAUUGAGAAGAAUUGAAAUUGGCAAAGUACACUUUGGGUGAAAAUAGCCAAAAAUCUAAGAUAAUUUGUUACAAUUCCCAGUUUCAUGAAUUUAUCUAGAAUGCUCCCAUAGCUGUAAUGGUUAGUAAAAUAGAUUUUUAUGAGACAAUGCAAAGCAAGAAGGGUAUUAUUGUGAUACAGAUAUUGCACAUACUUCAUUUGGAGCUAUCAGGCCACAUGCCACCCGUUAUGCUUUAACUGCAGUAUGCAUUAAUCAGUUCUCAUAAGGAGGGGUCCCUCUCCCUUCACACCCCCAACCUGCUAUGCAGAGGCUCUGUGUGGGAGGAGUCCUGCUUUUUGUGCAUUGUAGGGGGUAAGCAGCCAUAAGGCUGACAAAGUGCUGAAAUCUUAUGUAAUAUCGGUGGAAAGCAGGUUAGAAAUACAAUGCUACACUUCUUUCUGAUGUAAAUUGACCCCCUGACCAGGACAGGCUCAGACAGCGCAGGUUUUGGAUCUAAUGUAUAGCGACCCCCUGUCUGCAGAUUAUCAGGACAGGCUCAGACCUUGCUGGGUUUAUAUUGAGUGUACAUCAAGCCCCUGGCUGCAGAUCAUCAGGACAAGCUCAGACAGUGCUGUGUUUAUAUCUAAUGUCCAGCGACCCCCUGACUGCAAAUAAUCAGGACAGACUCAGAGGGUGUUGGGCUUGUAUCUGCUGUACAGGGACCUCCUGACUGCAGAUUAUCAGGACAGGCUCAACAAUGCUGGGUUUGUAUCUAAUUUACAACGACCCCCUGAAUGCAGAUUAUCAAGACAGGCACAGACAGGGCUGGCUUUGGUUUUAGUGUACAGUGACCCCUUGGCUUAACUGCAGAUUAUCAGGACAGGUUUAGAUAGGGUUGUGUUUGUUUUAAAUGCCCAGUGCACCAUGGUCUGCAGAUGAUCAGGACAAGCUCCAAUAAUGCUCUGUUUCUGCAUCAAGCAGUUUUAGAGUUGUUACAUAAAGUUGUUUACAUUCUCCUUUAUUUAUCACUUCCCAGACUGAGAAACCACAAUGACAACAGAACCGGGGACAGAUACCGAGCUUCCACCAGGGCCAGAUGGGCCUUCUCAGGAUGGAGUAUCCAGUCCAGCCCUGCAUUCCCAAGAUAAUCCACACACCCCUGCCAAUAACGUGGAGAGGCUAAGUGCCAGUGACAGACCCCUAGAAGUGAGUGAAGAGCACAUUCUCUGCAAUCAAAGUACAUAUGUACAACCAGUUAUAUAUCUGCAAUCUACAGUUUAGCAACAGUUAACCUUGGCACCCCAGAUAUUUAUGACUUUUCGAUUGUUUGGAUACAAAGUUUAGCCAUCUCUGAUAUUGGUGGUACACAAUGUAUUUUGUGAUUUAUCUAAUGUGUUGCGAUGCAUAUUGUGAUUCGUAUUAGUGGUACACAAUGGAUAUUGUGAUUUAUGUAAUGUGGUGCGAUGCAUAUUGCUGUGAUGUUCUAUCAUGUUGUUCUAUUGCUAUGUAUGUUUGUCCAUUUGUUCUGCAGAGCAUUUAAACUUGUUUCAGAUUAUACGAUGUUAAGAGAUUUUGGUAGGUGUCUGUUUUAUGAGAGUUUAGUUCCGGUUUCCCUGAACUGUGCUUGUAAUCCUGACUGUUUCAUUUAAGAAUUUACCGGAACACUCCAGGCUGGUGUUGCCCUGUACAUUUUCCAUUCACGAAUAGAUAAUACAUUAACUAUUCAUGCAGAAACAAUAAGUGAAAAACGAUUAUAAGAAAUACUCACGUUUGUUCCUGUAUUGGCUGAAAAAUAACCAUUCUUUACAGCUUUUGUUGUGAUGUCUGCUGUGACCAGGAAGUGAAUCAGUGAGUAUUAAAGCUUAAAGUGGAUCUGGCACUUUCUGGGGUCUUUGCAUAUUCUGUAAAGACCCCCAAAAGUGAUACAUCUGGUUAGGGUCCAGUGGCCUUGGGAUGCAGUGGAAACAUAGAAACAUAGAAUGUGAUGGCAGAUAAGAACCAUUCGGCCCAUCUAGUCUGCCCAAUAUUUCUAAAUACUUUCAUUAGUCCCUGGCCUUAUCUUAUAGUUAGGAUAGCCUUAUUCCUAUCCCACACGUGCUUAAACUCCCUCACUGUGUUAACCUCUACCACUUCAGCUGGAAGGCUAUUCCAUGUGUCCACUACCCUCUCUGUAAAGUAAAUUAUUUUUAAACCUUUGCCCCUUUAAUUUAAGACUAUGUUCUCUUGUUAUGGUAUGUUUUCUUCUUUUAAAUCUAGUCUCCUCCUUUAUUUAAAUAUAGUCUCCUGGAGGGUAGGUUAAGUUAUGUUAAAUUGUUCCUUGCUAACUCCGCAAUUUUCUUUCUCGAAAUCUUCUUUGGCUCCUGUCACUUCAUUUGCCCGGAGCAACAUUAUUGCUGUAUUUUCGAGCAUGCACAGUGUACAACCCCAAGGUCUCUGGUGAAUGCUACCAGACCAGAGUAACCUCUAUAGAUAAUUUCUCACUAUAAGUGAUGGGACCUGAAUCUCACAGCUGGGAGUUCUGACGGCUGAUGGGAUUGGACAAGGGUUGACAGCAGAGCUCCGACUUAAGUUAACGUUUGUCAGACUUAGUAGUCCGUAUAUUUGUCUUAUGAUAUUUUUCAGUGAAAUUCCAACGCAAUUACAAUCAGUGGCGACUUGCCAACGAGUAGCUGGGAUGUCGCCACCAAGGUCCCCUAUCUCUCUGCAGCUAGAGUGAUUAUAGCUUAGAGAAUUGUACUAAUAUUGCUGUUCAUCCAAAACACUAGUCAAGACUGAGUGAAAGGUGAAGUAGAACUGCUUUAUUGGAACAAUGAUCACACUUUUAUACCUGGGGUAUCAACAGGAGGUCCCCAGGAGAACAAUGGUAAUGCGACAUGCCCAGCUCCUUUAUGUCUGAACCUAAGCAGAUAAUGUAAUUAGUGGCCAGACACCUUGGCACUGGGUUAAAUUAAACACAAAAUAACUGGGUUACUGUCCCACAUCCCCACAAUAGUGCCGCCCAUGAGAAGCUCUUUUCUGAGCACCCACUCUGUCCAAAAAGUGCUCAAAUCAGGGGUGUCUAUCCUGAGUUAAGCGCUUAGGUUGGAGGUGUAGUAUUCACUGGGCCGCGACCAUCCUCCAAUCCAGCGCCGAGUUCCACAGGGCUGGGUAGAACCUAAAAUUAUGGCACUUAUGGUCGGUACAUGUAGCUCCCUCAAGUCCUUUAUGUCAAUCGAUGCAUCGCAACCUCCUCUGUCACCCCUCCAAAAAGCGAUCUGAUUGGUGCCUCUGGGACCAAGAGCACUAUGGACAAAGUUUUACGAGACCUCGACAACUCUGUGAUCCGAUCAAGAGUUCCAUAGAGAUUGUGGGCUUCUCCCAUCAGGCGUAUUAAACACCUGUAGUCUCCUGCCUGGUCAGUGUUGCUUCCUGGGCCGCAGGAAAGGAGGCUGAGCUGCGAGGCACGGGCUGCAGAGGAGGUGGCGGUUGGACAUGUGCCAGUCCUAGGUGACCAGGCAGUCUGUGACGGAAUCAGUUUUUCAUAAAGAUCUUUUUGAACAAUAAGAAGUGGCAGAGACACUUUAAUGCUUAAUAUUUUGUAGUGCUGAGUUUAAAGUAUAGUUAAGCUUCUUUUAUAUACCAUGUACAAUGGUGCCUUAUGAGCACAGGAAACGUUUCUUGGAUUUGUCGCACCUUUCUAUUACGCAAAGCAAACUUUUUAUCUAUAUUUCCCAGAAUCUUAUGUGAUGACAUCCUGUACAACUUUAUAGAUGGAGCCAUAAAAAUAUAUGCGUAGGUUUAAAAGGAGGGACAGAAAGGUUGAGCUUAUGGAUAAAAAAUAUUUAUCAUUCUUUUUAUAAACUAAAGAGGAUGAAUAAAAAACAACAACAGUAUAACCAACUGUAAACUUCCCUAUACACGUCACCCAAUAUCUGUAGGUCCCUGGACUGCCCCUUUAAAGAACAAAAAUCCAUAUGUUUUGAAUUUGAGAGAAUGCCUUAUUAUCUUCCUGUCUCUGCUUAGUGUGCUGUCUGUCAGGGUUUUAUGUGAUGGGCUCUGUCUGGGCUUGAUACAGUACCCAACCUCAAUAAUGAGUGCAUCGGUAAUGGCUUUGCAAUUAUGCAUAUACAUUUUAGGUAAAAUGUUCCUUCUGAUGGAGCAGGUGCACUUAAUGAACCCACGGUACGCACAGAGGGUUCAAGGUAAGUACCCUUGCAGGAUUUCUAAUGGAGAUCCUGCUUAGAAGUUAAACAGGGAAGUGAAAAUGGAGUCUACUGUCUCUUUAAUAAUUUUCCUUUAGUUAUAAGAACAGAAAAUUAGAACACACUAUGCUUUUAUCACCGUUUUCAUUUCCCUCUUUAUAAAAUUGAAAUAACACCAUAACAAGAACAAAUGCGACUUUUGGAGAAAAAAUUUUGUUUAGAAAGUAUCUCACUUUUAAUGCACAGGAAGACGACAGAUCAGAUGGGGCCCAGGACAGAACAACACCAACUCACGCCCAGCGGUCACCCCAAAAACUUCCAAGAAAACCCAAGAGUGCCCUUUGCAGAGUGUCUCUGCUGGAUUCAUCACACUACGAGUGCGAGGUGGAGGUGAGUGAGGCUGUUGGAGAUAUUUAGAAUGGACAUUCUUAGAAAACAAAAUCAUAGAUGGAUGCCAAAUUCCUGUAACCAGAACAUUAACACUGCGUAUGACUGGUGAAAAUUCCCUUGUCUUUUUCCUGUCUUACAGAAGCAUGCCCGAGGCCAAGUGCUGUUUGACAUAGUGUGUGGGCACCUCAACCUGCUGGAGAAAGAUUAUUUUGGUUUGACGUUCUGUGACUCAGACAGCCAAAAGGUGCUAAUCUCUUGCUUGUGUUAAUGUCAGGAUUCUACAGCAGAGUCGGCUGCACUAAGUUUGUUAUCUUUCCCAAAUGUGGCUGCAGUCAUAGCAGGAUCUGUGAUGGUGCUGUAACAUCAUUAUUUCUUGGCUUGAACUACUCAUAAAUAGAUCAAAUAGCCAAAUGUAUAUACAGUCUUUUUAUCUGAGGUUACUACUAUGAAACAAUGAAUCCUGAUAAGGCUAAUCUUAUGUCAUGGUACUGUCCUCAGGAUUCUGUCAGGGGUGGUUUUGCCAGUAUUUGCAUAGAUCAAGUCAGGUUGCCCCUGCAGGUGGCAGAAUUAUUGACCCAUUCACAGGUGGCAGAGGGAACAUCAGGAUUGCUUAACGGGUGGAAGUCAGAUUCCCUUUACAUGGAGUAAAGGAUGUCAGGAGCCCUGUGAUUUUGUGUUUGUGUGUAUGUGCAUUGUGUGUGUGAGUGACCUUGUGUGGGGGAGAUUAUUGUGUGUGUUGUGUUGGGUGGCUAGAAGUGUGAAAACUGUGUGCAAUAUGUGUGAUGUACAGAAAAGAAAACAGAUGGAGAAGGGCUGCGCCACAGAAAGAAGUACUAAAAUAUUGUCCCAGUAAAAUACGAUAUACAAAAUAGUCUCUGGGUAAAAUAAAUUAAAUAAGUAAGUCCAGCUUUGGUUUCUUGGUUCUUUAUACUUGUGAAGGGUCUGGGUCGUCUCACUCUCUGUAUGUGGAAAAAGAAAAGACAGAGCGACCUGAUAUGCAAUAUGUCUGGGCUAGACAGACAACACUUAAGAAAUUAAAAUAUUGCACUCACAUGAACAAGAGCUAUCACCAGCUCUAGUGAAUAUCGCAUACAGUGGUAUAAUCCUCACUUAUGGGAUCUGAUGGUCGUAGUCUUUCACAAGAGAUGGUUAUCUAGGUGCUCAGAGAAAGAGAGAUAGCCACAGAUAGUGCUCUCAGUAAUAUAAUACAAGUAAAAUAAAAUAAAAUAUUCUACUUAUUUUAUUUUAUGAGAUAUUCACUAGUGUUGGUUAUAGCUCUUGUUCAUGUGAGUGCAAUGUUUUUAUUUCCUGAUAGUGCAAUAAGUCCUGGCUAGUCGGACAACACGUAAGAAAUAAAAAUAUUGCACUCACAUGAACAAGAGCUAUAACCAACUCUAGUGAAUAUCACAUAAAAUAAAAUAAGCAGAAUAUUUUAUUUUAUUUUACUUGUAUUAUAUUACUGAGAGCACUAUCUGUGGCUAUCUCUUUCUCUGAGCACCUAGAUAACCAUCUGUUGUGAAAGACUACGACCAUCAGAUCCCAUAAGUGGGUGAACCACAUAUCCAAAAUUCACCUAGAUCCAUUCAGUAGUUUGGAAGAUACGGUUUAAUGCAGAUUCUGCAGAACAUAUACAAGCUAUAUGAAAAAUAAUUACUGUUAAAUGUGUCCCCUGUUCUGUAGUUUAAAACUACUAAACGAUGUCUUUGUGUACCAAAUACCGGCAAGAUAGCACCGCGUAGAAAAGUCAAAACAGUGUCUGUGAGUUAAAAUGGCCGCCAUCUAUUGUUCUCACCAUGUGCUUCAUCCAUUGUUCUCACCAUGUGCCUCUGAUACAUGAAAUGGUGGCCACCCAGUAACUCCACACUAUUUCCCCAGAUGGUUCUGAAAGGGCCAGCAGCAGCAUAAUAAAAUACAGUAUGCCCAAAUCAGUUCCUUAAAGGGCAAUACAUCCCAGGGCCAUAGUCGCAGGGCAGGAGGCUGGCAAACAGGCCCCUCCAAAAACCAGUGGCGAGGUCACUAUCGCCACAGUUAUUCUGAAGGGUUGAGAGGGAUCCCCUUCUUAGGGUUGAUGCCUUCCUUUACCCCUUUUUUUUUUUUUUAGCGCUGACCCUUUCUGUUUUUUAUCAAUAUUUGUGAUGUGUAUGUCUUGGCUGAUUGUGUAAGGUGGCGGUGUGUGUCUGUGCUAGAUGUGUAGAUUCUCAAUGUUAGCUAUGCUAGCCGUUCGGUUAUUUUAGCCUUAAAUUGAAAUUCACUUUAAAUUCCAGGCUUUCAGUUCACUUUAGUAAGAAAAACAACAAAAAACAUGUUGUUAUUAUUAUUCCAUAUAUAUAACGCCAACAGAUUCCGUAGCACUUUACAAUAUUAUAAUGGGGGGGGGGGCUUUAACUAUAAAUAGGACAGUUACAAGAAAACUUACAGAAACGAUAGUUUAAAGAGGACCCUACUCAAACGGGCUUACAGUCUAUAGUUUUAGAUGAAGAAGCCAGUGGCGUACAUACCGGGGUCGCAGGGGUUGCGGCUGUGACUGGGCCCGGCCGCCCUGCGACCCGGUAUGUACCCACUGUGGCUAGCCUCUUCUCCUGGGGGGCCCUGGUAUCACAGGGCGGGCAGGCUGGCGGGCGCGUGAGGGAGCACUGUCCCCUGUGUGCUCCCUCUUCAGCUCCCUCGCAGACCGCACUGAUACCGGAGCCGGAAGAUGACAGUGCUCCCUCGCCUGGCCACCCAAGAGCCCAGCAGCACCACUGGACCCCAGGGAAUCCCCUCAGCACUCCAAAAGGUAAGGAGGCUGGGGGAUUAAAUUUAAAAAAAAAAUGUGUGUGAUAGUGUUAGUGUGUGUGUUAGUGUGUGUUAGUGUUAGUAUAUUAGUGUGUGUGUGUUAGUGUUAGUGUCUGUUAGUGUGUGUGUCUGUUAUUGAGUGUGUGUCUGCUAGUGAGUGUCAGUGAGUGUGUUACUGUGUGUCUGUUACUGAGUGUGUUUGUGUGUGUCUGUUAGUGAGUGUGUGUUUGUCAGUGAGAGUGUAUGUUUUGUAAGUGAGUGUGUAUGUAUGUCUGUCGCUGAGUGUGUCUCUGUCAGUAAAUUUGUGUGUCUGUUAGCUAGUGUGUAUGCGUCUGUUCGUGAGAGUGUGUGUGUCUUCAGCACUUACCUUUCUCCAGCGCAGGACUCCCUUGGCGCUGGGGAUCCCUCCGCCUCUCAGCUCCGAAUGCGGCAAGAGCCGCGCACGCAUUCAAAUCGCCCAUAGGAAUGCAUUAUUCAAUGCUUUCCUAUGGACGUUCAGUGUCUUAGAAUCGCGGAAGCUCCUCUAGCGGCUGAGACAGCCACUAGAGGCUGGAUUAACCCUCAGUGAAACAUAGCAGUUUCUCUGAAACUGCUAUGUUUUCAGCUGCAGGGUUAAAACUAGAGGGACCUGGGCACCCAGACCACUUCAUUGAGCUGAUGUGAUCUGGGUGUCUGUAGUGGUCCUUUAAGUGUGUGUGCAUCUGCAUGCACUGGCGUACAUACCGCCCAGGUGCCCGCCGCCAUGUGUUGCGGCCCCGGCCCGCGCAUAGUAAGCGGGGGGGGGGAUCAAUUUUCGCCCCGGGGCCCCAUGGGUCAUAUGUACGCCACUGGAAGAAGCCAUUAUUUGGAGACUGACAACUAAAUAUGUCCAGAUUAUUUGGACAUUUUAUUUUAAUGAAACAACCAAUACCUAACACUGGAGCUAAUAUCAUGACUAUUUGAUACCUUAUUACUAAACUCACUCCUUUUUGUGUUAUAGAACUGGCUGGAUCCCUCCAAGGAAAUUAAAAAACAGAUCAGAAGUGAGUGUGUGAGUCUCGCUGUAUCUGCGUUUUAAUUUUUAUUUCUCCUCAUUUUUUAUUUGUUUUUACCUUAUUGCUUUUUUUUUUACUUCCAGAGCUUCACAAAUUCAUCAUACACUUUCUAUCCCCAUCACAAAACUUCACAUUACUUCCUUACCCUUAUUUUAUUUCUCCACACUCAAACUCAUGAGCCUGUUUUUCACUCCUUUCGUUACCCUCCCUCCCCUCCCCUCUGUCUCCCCAUUUUCUUACCAUACAGGUGGUCCCUGGACAUUUGGUUUCACAGUAAAGUUUUAUCCCCCGGAUCCUGCUCAGCUCACCGAAGACAUUACAAGGUACUUAUUGGGAUCCAAAGUGCUUGUGGGUGUAAAACAAGAACAGGGUGGGUUUGAGAUGGUGUAUAUUUUGGAUAUAUAUAUAUAGUUAUAUUAUGAUAUUAUAUACAUAUAUAUUGAUCUGUGCCAUUGGUGACAUAGCUGUCACUUUCCAGCUCCCUCUUAGUAUCACUUCGUUAGUGUGGAAUGUGAAAAAAGCUGAAAAUCUGUCUGUUGUAGUUAUGGUGCUGGUGCAAUUCCCUGGUUCCGUGUCAAUCCAUUUUAACUCCUAAAUGGCAGAUAAUUGAGCAGUGAGACUGCCGAGGCUUGAUCUAUACACCAAAACAGCUUCAUUAAGCUAAAGUUGUUUAGGUGACUAUAGUGUUCCUUUAAAGCUGGUAGCAGAACUCCAACUCCAUGAGAACUUUGAUUUUCCUCCUGACGACACAAACAACUAUGCCCUUAAUUUAAUAAGAUUUUAAAAAUAAUUUAAUAGUGUUAGUAAAAACUAUUUAUCUACAAAUGAUUUACCUACAAAAUUCCCAUAGACUUUUAUGAUGACUUUUGUAGGCCUAGAAAGAAAGGGCAGAAAAGGACCAGUAGAUAUGUAUGUACAGGAACCAGGAAGGAAGUGUUUUAGAACGGAGGAGGUGGGGCAGAGGAGGCCGGGUUAACAUGCAGAAUACUGCAAAACAUGUUUUUAUGAAUAUACAUAAAUUAUUCAAAUUUGGACUUGAAAAAAUAUGGCUAAUUAUGAUUAAAAAAAAUACAGCUAAUCAUGUCUUUAGGCUAACAUGAACCAAUUUAAUGCAUGCUUUUUCCUGCAGGUAUUACUUAUGUCUGCAACUGAGAGCUGACAUCAUCAGUGGGCGACUUCCCUGCUCUUUUGUCACUCAUGCCCUACUUGGGUCAUACACAGUACAGGCUGAGCUCGGAGAUUUUGACCCCGAGGAGAAUCAUGGAAACUACGUGAGUGAACUGCGCUUCUCCCCAAACCAAACACGAGAGCUGGAAGAGAGAGUGAUGGAGCUCCACAAAACAUACAGGUAACGAAGGACGAAGGGUUGGUGACACCAUAGAGAUAAUGCAAAACUAUUAAUUCCACUUUAUAAAUGUGGCCAAGGUGGGGACAGUCCUUCUUUGCUGGAAAACGCCCCAGUUUAUCUCUAACCAUUCUUAAAAGUUUUGAUAUUAAAUUAGUGGACAGUGCUAAGGAAGCUGUGUUGUUAAGUUUCUCAUAGUUUCCCUUUAAACAACUUUCAGCUCUUUAGCUGCCAAAGAAUACCACUCCCAAUAUGCAGGACUACUUCAUCCAGUGCUCAAGGUUGGCAUUUGCUUAAAAUACAACAUCAUAAAUGUUUCCCUAUUAGGGGAUAAGUGCUGGUUGUGUAAUAAUGAAAAUAUAGUAAGGUAGUUAAACCUUGAGGUAGCCAGUGUCUCCAAAAAUGUUAUUAAUGGUUCCCAGUUCUAUAGCUGUUUUAACAUGGGUCUCAUGAAACAGGUUAGCGUAUAAAUGGGGGUUUCUAGCCCUAAACCCAAGAGACCCAGGGGGACUUGCCAAAUGGAUACUUCUUGACAUAAUGUUCCUCGUCCUAUGUGACAGGUGAAUAUUGUGUGAACUGAAUGUUCCAGCAUAGGUGGACUAUACUGUAGUGUUUUUGUUAUGGUGUCAUGUACAUGACUUAAUCUAAGGGACAACGUACAAAGAUUCAUGAUCUGUUUACUUAUUAAGUCGGUCUGUUUUCUAAAAUUGCUUCUCUGUCAGUGCAUUUUGGAAGAACAGCUCUGGGAUUCACAUAUACACUGAAAUCUCACUUCACCGAUAAAUUACAUGUUUCCUCUAAGCAUUGUCUUCCUGUAUGCAUACAGUUGUAUGGCUUUAAAACUCAUUGCUUUCUAAAAAUAGGUCAUUUAACCAUCCUCUAGCAGGGCAUGUAGAUGUGGGCAGCCGUAGCUGGCAUUGAUUUAAUUAUCAUGCAGUCUGCAAGUGACUCACAUUUACAUUUUAAUUCGAGACUGCCAGAAUCUUACAGUCGCUGUUUAUAAGCCUCUGAUAACUCUUUACUCAUCAGUAGGACCCCCGAGGGUGCAUGAAGUGUUUUGAGUUGGUUGUCUGUAGCUCCCCUCUCCCCCCACGUAUAGGAUUUCAAUCCAUUCUGCUGUUUAAAAGCUGCUUCCUAAUGCACUGUAGGCACUUGGAGAUUCAGAAACGCACAUAUGCAUACUAAUAUAGAUUUUUCUUGUAUUUAUCUUUUUGCUAUUUAUUAGGAAAUGUAACCCCUCACUGUGGAGAAUAAUAUUUCUGGUUUAUCCCCUCAACAAAAUUGUCACUGAUACCAAAGCACCCCAAACAGGUUUUCUGCCAGGACCAGGUGGAGAUCAGGGAACCUUUGUAGUCUGACCUGAUAAAUGGUUAAUUAUUAAUUUUACAGUAGUUCCUAUCCCAGUAAGAGAACUGUGAAGCAAGUUGUUAUUAUUGUAAGGGGAGCUAUUACAGGCAUCUAAAUAUUUGCAAAAAUUAUGUCACUGAUGCAGAAAUGCAACUUCCACAUUAACAAUAGAUAAACGGGUACCAGACCACAGACAAUUCAAACGUAGAUUCACCAAAGACCGGGAUGGCACUGUAACCACAACAAUGACACAUGGCAUGUAGCAGUUAUGGUGCAUUGACUGCACUUUUAACAAUUAUAUUCCAAAAGAGAUUAUUGGUUGGUUAUUCGUCCAGACUGUCCAUCCCUUGAGGACCAACUAGCUCUAAACCAGUUUGCCCUAAAUAUGGAGCUGCCUCUCUUUGAGCUAAGCACAGGUGAUUGCUAUGAAAAUUCCGUAGUGAUGUCAAUUUGUGAUUCAGGAGCAUCACUCAUGUACGUAUAUGCAAAAGUGCAAAACAGACGUAAAGUAAAGAUGAUUGUUUUUUUUCCAACUGCACUGAUCACGUGAAGCUCGAUGUCUAUGUGAUGAUGCAUUAUUCUUGGUUGAUGCCUUCUGGGAACAUUUCCAUUAUCUUUACUUGAUUGAUGAAGGAAGCAGUUGGCCACUACUCACCUAAUAAAAUGAAUGACCUAAUGUCUUGGUCUGUAAAAGCAUUCUAUGUAAAUAUUUAACUUUAUAAGUAGAAGUGUGGCUGUGUUUUAAAAACCCAGCUAUGAUAACACAAGAUAAACAAACUAAAAACUGGAAGAUGUUUCUCUGCGUGUUUGUGACAUUAUGGAUGGACACCAAGCUCAGGUGGUGCUCCCCGGAAGGGAUAUUAAAGUGACACAUGGAGCAAAAGAGUUCUUCCAUCACUGGAUAGCAUUGACUGUAUUCCCUAGCAUUAUUAGUGCUAGUGAUACAAUGACUGUCACUUAGUGUGACUUGCAAUAAAGUUUCAAAGUCUACAUGUGCUUUGGAACCUUGAUGGGUCCAUCCCUAUCUUUGUGUGUGACAGUCCCCAUAUACUUGUUUGAAACUUUAAUAUUUAGUGAGAAAAUUUAAAAUUUAAUAUCUUUGGAUAAACUGUUCAAAUUAUUUAAUAUUUUAAUAUUAUAUAUUUAUUUAUUUAUAACCAGGGGGCUGCACUCACCUGAACAUGCAUAAAUGGGGUGCUGCUUGGGGCCAAUUUAAACAAUAUACAAGAUCCAGCGCACUCACUUAUCCACUAAACAGCAACUUCAAUGAUGACAGAUUUUAUUAGUUUUUUUGAAACACCUAAUCUAGGCAAAAAAUAUAGGGGUUUAGUUACAUUAUAUGAUCAUACAUUGCAUUGUAUUGAUGUUGUGGCAGGCUUAUGCAAUGUAUGAUCAUAUAAUGUAACUAAACCCCCAUAUUUUUUGCCCAGAUUAGGUGUUUUUAAAAAACUAAUAAAGUCUGUCAGCAUUGAAGUUGCUGUUUAGUGGAUAAGUGAGUGCGCUGGAUCUUGUGUAUUGUAUAUAUAUAUAUAUAUAUAUAUAUAUAUAUAUCUUAUAUAUUCGAUAUUUUUGUAUGCUAAAAACAAUAAUUUUAAAAGUAUAUCCAAAAGUAUUAAAUAAUUUCAAAAGCUUAUCCAAAAAUAUUACUCUGAGGCUAUAUUUGGAGAUUUUUUAACUCCAGCAGUUAUUUUGGCAUAUAUUUAGAAUUUUAUGUUACCAGUUUACCACAACUAGUUUAAUGACUAAGCUACAUUGUCUUCACAAAGGCACUCUGCUCAAAUUAACUGGAAGAUGUCACUCUGUCAUAGGAUUUGUAAGAUGUGAAUUUCUCAUUGAUAAAACCAGUUAUUUUUUCCAUCAUCAAAGUGUACAUUUUUAAUUGAGCCUACCUUUGGUUAUGAUCUACAUUACAAGUAAAUAUGUUUUUCUUCUUGAAUGUAUGCAUGUCAAGGCACACAGUAUGCAGAAGAACAUAUGACAUACAGAAGCAAAAAUACACUGGGUAACACACCAUAAGCUGUUUUGGCCCAUGGGCAUAUGUUGUGCUGGUUAGGCUUAGGGAUAGUCACCUUCUUCUGCGGGUUGAGCCCUUUGAUCCUGUUGACAGGUGGACAGGCAUAAUCUUCCACAAAAUAUGAGAGCUAGUCUUAUUAUACUGUAUAUAAAAGUGAAAAGAAAAAAGCCCUAAGGGUUCCAGAGGCGAACCUUUCCCUUCUUCUACCCACAUCUCAAUUGUUUAAUUUAGCGUGCUUUACUUUUAAAUUGGUACUUGACAUCCUUAUUGUGACGCUGCUAUAUAAUGACGAUAUUGGAUGUUUUUGUUUAUUUCCUGGAUGUUCAUUUAAUAUAAAAAUGAUAAAAUAAGUGCAUGGCGAGCUACAUGUGCGUAAUAAAAUGUAUUAAAUCAAAAACAAUUUAAAAACCAUUUAUUUACUUGGUGUCAAAAUUUCAAGUCCUGUUCUUACAGAUAGGCUUGGAGUGUCCGUGGGUCCGUGGAGUGGGUUUCUACAUGCCAAGGUGAAAUUUUUACUCGCCUGGGCUAAAUUAUUUCUCACCCAUGACUAGUGAGUGAGUGAAAAUUUGGAUACUUGCUUAUAUUAUAUACAGUAAUUUGUGUAUUAUAGAUAGUGACUUACUAAGUUCUCUACUGCAUUAUAUGCAAGUUCUUGCAUUGAGGUCACACUGUGUGGGAUCAGUAGUUACAGAUACUCUGUACUCUUUUACUCUUGCAUUCAGUCCUACCAGAUACACUCAUUCAUGUUACUGAAUUAGACGUGGGAUAAUUGACUGAUUGUGAUACAGGAGGCUAAGUAGUUCCUAAUUCACAUACAAAUACUGUGCAGAUGGGCUGGCUGCUAACUUCACACUGUUUGCACUAUUCAGUGUCAUCAGAUUGAUGUCACUGCCCACUGCUUUAAUGAGAAGUGGAGAGAACUUGUCAGAGACAUAUAUCUUUAUAAUCAUCUGGGUCACUUUUAGGUAUUUUGACGCUCUUACAAUGUUUUUUUUUUUUUAAUUCAUAGAAACCAAAUUAAGGAAAAGGGUUAACCAGAUGGGAAAUUAUUUAAAAAUCUGUCAUUACAGCGUGACAAGACUAUCAAACAGGGCUGUUGUCUGGUGAUGUGUUUUAAAAUGUUGAAGAUCAUUUUACCAUUAAUAAGAUGAAUAUAUAUGCAGACAGGAUAUGGUGUACAUGAAAAGUGUAGGAAUUUCAGUACAAAUAGACUCUAUAUUCUUUGUACCAGCGCUCAAAGGUUCGGGAAUAAAUUCCCUGAGCUGAUUUAAAUAAUGAGGAGGAAUAAUUUAUACGUGAUGGCUUCAAUGGAGUCUUCAUACAGUGAAUAUAAUGGCUGAGAAACAGUUGUACCUGGUAACAAUCUGUUCAGUAGGAGGAGGGGGUGGCUGGUAACAUGAACAUCAAAACACACAACUUUGGUACAAAAUUCCAAAAAUGAGCAUCGAGGAUAUCGAGUCGAGGAUAUAGAGUUAUCUAAAAGAAGUAUGUUAAAAUCUUUUCCAGAUUUGGCAAGCUUAGCACUUUGGAUAUUUAUUUAACACGAAAAACACGUAGGGCGUAUGAAUAUACCAAUUCAUACCUUCAUAAUGCAUUGGUGGGGUGCCCUCCCAUUCUCUUGUAGAGUAUUUUAUGGAUUUUGGGAGGGCAAUGGUAUUUAGAGGAUGGUUGACUUGUUUAACCCCAUAAGGACCAAACUUCUGGAAUAAAAGGGAAUCAUGACAUGUCACACAUCCUGUCCUUAAGGGGUUAAAGGAGAUCUGUCACGUCUCAGGAUUUGGUAUAUUCUGUUUAUGUAUAACCUAUAUUUAUAGAAUAUGUUUCUCCAAGGUCUGAAAACUGUAAUUAAAUGUAGAGAUCCCUACUUUAAUUAAAUGUAGAGAUCCACACUUAUCCACAAUUUUCUUGCUUGAUGUAUAGUGUAGUUGACCAUGGCUAUAAGUUUUCAUAAUUUCUCUGGAAUUUCUACCACUAAAUAAAACAUUAAACAUCGCUUAUUGCUUGUGUUAGCCUUUUUUUUUUUUUUAAAUGUGAUUCUUCUUCUUUCAUUUAAAAAUUCUAUAUUAAAGAUUUAUCAGUUGGUAUCACAGUCCAGUUUACUUGUGGCACAGACAGAGCACACAUUGAAGGAAGAGAAACAGAACUGUUGUUUCUGUUUAAUCUCCUCCAGCUAUGCUCUCUCUAUGCCUACUGACAGUUACAAAUGACAGAGCUUAUAACAAUGAUUGACAGUGAAGCCGAGAUGGACAAACACAUGGUAUAUAAGCGACAGUUCCCCUUUAAAAUCUCUGUGUAGAAUCCCAAUCUAUGAACUCACUGUCAGUUUGUGGCUAUUUCUUGCCUUUAUAUCCCCCUUAAGGAUACAUAAUGUAAAUUUUCCAUCAUGAUUGCCUUUUAUUUAUAUGCCUUUUAACAUCUUGGGUCGCAGGUUCGAAUUCCGGCAGGGUUGACUCAGCCCUUCAUCCUUCCAAGGUAAAUAAAAUGAGUACCAUUAAAUUGGGUAAUAGUAACAACCCCUGGAUGUUGGGCUAAGGUAACAUCCCCAGGAUGUACUUGAAAACCAGAGUAAUCUGAAUGUGCCUUUCCUGGUUAAAUAUUUUGUUAUUAUUAUUAUUAUUAUCUAACAGACUCCCUGCUACCUUUUGUUAUACGCCCCAUUAUAUUAUUAACAUUGUAAUGCCAUGUGCUAUCUGAAGCUGCACUUGGUACAAACAUUGUUAUGAUCACCAGAUUUUAGGUUCUCUAAUUUAAUUGUAUCAGUUUUUCUAAAUAUUUAUUGUGUUGUCUUCAACCCUUAAUGUGUAUUAAUGUACCAAUUACAGAAUGCUGAAGGGAAUGUUUGUGCAUUAUACAUAAAACAGGAAGAAACAUAUAUAUUAGUCCCUUUCAAGAUUAAAGAGACACUCCACUGCCCAAAUGCAAAAAAAAUCAAAUAAAAAAAAAAAUCAAUGUUUAGUAGAAAUACCCCAAAUGGAAACAUGCAUUUAAUUAUGCAUUUUUUUCAUUUGGGAACCAUGAAAAACAUUGCAAGCCCUCCCCUUCUAACAUCGCCCUGACUUUCUGUGGUUGUCCAAUUCCCAAUACAGUUCACUGUUAAUUUUGUUGACUAACAAUAUUAGCCAGAUUUUAGUCGACUAAAACUAAAACAGUCCGGAUGACUAAAAUACGACUAAAACUAAAAAAAAUAUUUUUCUUUAAAGACUAUGACUAAAACUAAAAUUUUCCGCCAAAAUUAACACAGACAGAUAAGACACCUGGGAAAGGGAGGAGAGGACAUGAGACACAUGGGAGAGGGAGUAGAGGAAAUGAGGGGCGGAGGGAAUGAGACACAUGGGGGCUGGGGGAGUAAGACACAUGAGGGGGCUGGGGGAGUAAGACACAUGAGGGGGCUGGGGGAUCAAGACACAUGGGGGGCUGGGGUAAUAAGACACAUGAGGGGGCUGGGAGAAUGAGACACAUCAGGGAACUGGGAGAAAGAGACGCAUGAGACGGCUGGGGGAAUGAGACACAUAGAGGGACUGGGGGGGAUAUGAUCACAUGGAGGGGUUUGGGGAGAAUGAGACACUUGGAUGGGUUGGGAGAGGAAUUGAGAUAUAGGGGUGGCUGGGGUGACACAAAGCGACAUAGAGGGCUGGGGGAGAAGAGGCAAGGUGUUGGCGGGAAGAAAAUGGGGCUAUGGAGAGAGAGAGACAAAGAGGGUCUGAAAGGGGGAUCAAAGAGCCGCAGAAGGGCUGGGGAACACAAAGAGACACAGAGUGGUUAAAGAAGGGGCAAAAGAGACAAACCAGGGCUUGGGAGAGAGACACCCAGAGGGCCUGGGGAGACAUAAAGAGUCACAGAGGGGCUGGACAAGGGGCAAAAGAGGCAGAUAGAGGCUUUAACUAAACUAAUUAGAUUUUUGUGUCGACUAAAACUAAAACAAUUCAGAUGACUAAAAUACGACUAAAACUAAAAUGGCUUUUUAGUCAAAAGACUAUGACUAAAACUAAAUUGGAAUUUGCCACUAAAAUUAACACUGAUACAGCUCAAUGGUAAGUCUUUGCAGGGCAGGUGAUCUGGGCAAUUGAGUUUAGCUCCACUGAGUUUACCAAACCAGAUAGUAAUAGGACCGGUUGCCCGGUUGUUUAAUUUAUAAAAGUGCCUAUUUCUGUUGAAACCUGCACAUUUUGUAAAAUGAAAAAGAGGACACACUCUUCACACAUAAAGCACUUCAGCAAGCUAAAGUACUUUAGGGGUCUAGCGGAUCCCUUUAAUUUACUGUUAUCAUACCCUACUGAAAAUAGGUAGAUAUGUAAUGAAAGAAAGAUUCCUGGACACUUGGACACCUAAGCCUGCCUCAUAUAAUGACUUAUAAUGCUGUAUAGUAUUAAUUGAUUGGAAACAAUUAAACUGGAACUGUCAUUCCUCAGACUUUGCAAUACCCAAUGGCUAUCGCUGCACAAUUUCUUUUCUUUUCUUUUUUUACAUUUUCAGUAGUUUUAUUUUGUGCAUUUUUUAUUUGCGUGGCAUAUCAUCAAAAGUAAGUGAACCUCAGGGGUACCAUGCAUGCAAACAGCGCUGUUGAAGGAAUGCCCAGGCGCACAUGUGCUCGUUAGACAUUUCACUGCCAUCCGAGGCGUUAGGCAGCAGCACAGUCACCCUGAACAUGAAUGUACUGCAAAAGAAUGUUUUGUAUUUACCUACAUAACUAUUCACCCUGUAAAUACUUCAAUAGUGUUUACAGUGAAGAAAUUAGGAAUUAUCACAUCAAAAGGAGUGAUAGCUCAGCAAUAAAAUAACUUUUGUAUUGGAAUAUUUGCUUCUCCUCUAUAUCAAUAUCUGGUCUCAAAUGUAGACUCAGUAGUUGUUGGCUUAUCUUACAGAUUAGGCAUCGGUGCCCAAAGGUAGAUCCCCAGAUGUUUUAAAACAACAACUUACAUUCUGCUUUGUCAUUCUAAAGACGCAAAGCAUCAUGGAAGUUGUAGUUCUGCAACAUCUGGGGAUCUACCAUUUGGAGACCCGUGCUGUAAGGGAAUGUAAAGGUAGAAAAACAGAAAAUGCAGGUUAAUUGUUGGCCCUCUUCUCUUUUCUACCUUUAUGCAUUUUCAUUUUAUACUUUAAACAUUAAAUAAACUAGUUUUUGUAAAUGCCCUACGGUUUGAUUUUUAUCUCCUCCAUAGUUACUGCUUUCUUUCAACUCUUUGUUUCUGAGCUUGCAUUAUUUUCAGAGAAUGUAGUUUUACUUGUUUUAUCAAAAGUAGAGAACUAGGUGUUUCUAUAUAACAUAUGUAGAUAUCUAGUAACAUAUUGCAUGUAAACACAGCAAGAAAGGAUUGCGAAACAUAUUAUUUAUACACAGAUGUAGAGACAACUGUAAGUAUAAUAAUGUUUUCAGAAUUAAUAGAAAAGGGAGCGAUAUCAUGAGCGUAAGACUGACCUAGAGAGUAGGAAAUCAACAGAAAAAAAAUACCUGUUCAAAACCAACUGGCGUAAAGUGGUGGUUAAACUUGGCACUGAGCAACUUGGCAAAUGAUCACAGAUAUUUAUAAUGAUGGCAUUAGGCCUAUCUGGCAUACACGAUUAGAGGGUGAGGGGUCAUGAGAGUAAUAAAGAGUAUGUCAGUAAUUGUAGGCCAAAAUAGACACAAUGGGAACAUUCUCCAAUUCAGCUCUUUUUCCAACUUGGUUAUUUUGUCUUGAAGAAACACUCCAGGCACCAUAACCACAACAGCUCACUGUAGUUGUUUUAGAGCCAGGAGUACUGUGCCAUCCCUCAUGUACGCCGUCAAACCAUUUUAGAGUGGCUUAGCUCAUUGGCUGAGAGUGAUCAGCUGAUUAUCUCAGUCAAUGAACUGGCCCAGGGCUCAGCUCAGGGAGCCAACAGAAGGAGCAGGGGCUUCCGUCUUUCACCGUGAUGUAUGUGAGGAGGCAGACAGCGGCACCUUGCACACUCCAGGUAAGAAGUCAAAACAUUCUAAAACAGUUUGACAACUUGGGGGCACCAGGGAACUCUUGGCACCAUUGUCACCGUAGCAUGCUAUGGUGAAUAUGGUUCUUGGAAGGUUUCUUUAAAUUUAGCAUUUUUUCUACAAUUUAGUACAAUACCCGGUUUAGUGAGAAUGUUUUUGUUUGUUACUUUUUUUUUUUUUCAAGAUUGAAACAUCAACAUUUGGAAAAAUGCACUGUGAUACCUUUCAGAGUGAUUUGUGUCACAGUGUGUCUGAUCGUGCGUGCGAGGUGUCUGUUUCUGUCUGGCCAUGUACGACAGAUUGUUGAUGUGUAUGUGCUUGUGCUAUAAAUUGCACGAAGCCCACUGAUGUAUGGACAGUGGUUAAGCUCAAGAGAUUUCAAUCAUUGUAUGUAUUUCAUAGAGGGAUCUUUGUCUGUGUAACAGGGGGAUGACUCCAGCUGAAGCAGAGAUUCACUUUUUAGAAAAUGCCAAGAAGCUGUCGAUGUAUGGAGUGGAUUUACACCAUGCCAAGGUAUAGAAUGGAAAGUGGAGUUUCAGGAUUCUUACCUUACACUCUUUCACCAUGUUCUUAUCAUAUGUAUUGAUACCCUUUCUUCACCUGUGCCUCAAACACUCGGCUCUCACUGAUUUACUUGGUCUAUUGCGACAUUUCUGUGUAUGUCUUGGCUUACAGUACUGAUUCUGUUAGAUCACUUUUACACAUCCAUAUUUAAUCUCCAUUCCCUCCCAACUUAUACGUCUUGACUGGUAACAACGUUUCAUCAACAGGACUCUGAAGGCAUUGAUAUAAUGCUGGGUGUCUGUGCCAAUGGACUAUUAAUCUACAGAGACCGUCUGAGGAUAAAUCGCUUUGCAUGGCCAAAGAUCCUAAAGAUUUCUUACAAGAGGAGCAAUUUCUACAUCAAGAUCCGACCGGGAGAGGUGAGAAACAAGGAUGGAAUGUUAGCCAAUACUGUAGGAGGCCAUCAGAUAUUCCAAAUGCCAGAUUUCUUAAAUAAUGUUUGAUGACUGAUUAUUUUUUUGUUUCUCAUUUAUGCUGUAAGGGUCUUGCUCUCUCUUGUUUCAGUAUGAGCAAUUUGAGAGCACCAUCGGGUUCAAGUUACCAAAUCACAGAGCAGCAAAGCGUCUAUGGAAGGUCUGCAUAGAACAUCACACCUUCUUUAGGUGGGUAUGGUAAGCACGAUGCAAUGCUUCUGGGAGGCUGCUAUGUUCAGAUUAGUUAUAACAUAAAGGGCAGCAAGUCAUUAUGCAGCAAUAGAGCUAUAUUGAGAAUCAUCAUAAUUAUAAUGAGGCGUCAGGCUGGAGAUCUAAAUAGAAUAGAAUCAGCACAGAGGUGUAGUGAAAGCGGAGAGGUUUAUUUGUGCGUAAAUAUAUAAUUACUUUGUCAUAGAAAAGGAUGAGUUAAAGACAGUUUGAAUUUGCUAUCAGUUUAGAUUGAAUAGAAAAUGCAAAAAUGUGUUUAGGAGUCAAUUUCAGAUUAACUAUUUGACUAUCUUCACUGUCUUUUCUACCUAAAGGCUUGUCUCGCCAGAGCCUGCCCCAAAGGGUUUUCUAGUGAUGGGUUCCAAAUUCCGGUACAGUGGUCGUACGCAGGCACAAACACAGCAGGCAAGUGCCCUAAUAGACCGGCCGGCUCCCAACUUUAAACGCUCUGCCAGCAAACGGUACACGCUGUCCCAGAGCCACGAAGGAGGUAUGUAAGGGGCAUAGGUAAUUGUGUGACGGUGUGUGUUGGCUGGAUAAUUUUUGUCAAUUUAACUUGUCUGAAAUGUUUGGAGUUUGGCAUUUUCUUCCACCAUAUUUGUUUGAUCAGUAUGUGUCUGGUACAACUUUGAAGUAUUCAUUGAGCACUAAGGGGGUUAUGUAGAAAAUAUGUCCUGUUCUAAAAUGUGGUCUAAAGUGGUAAAAGCGGGGCAGUCACCAAGGAAACCCAUGGUACCAUCAGGUACAUUGCGUUGGUGACUCCACCUCUAUUCCAUAUUUGCACCACUUUGAUAACAUGACAGUUUUUAUACAUAAGUCUCUAUGUAUCCAAGAGAACUGAAAUAGCUUUGAGAAAAUAGAUAUUUAUUACAGUUUUAAUUGUUUUUCCUGUGUCUUCUCUUCCCUAUUAUAUCCUUUCCACACCUUUGUCUACAAUGAUUAUGUAUUUAAUCUUGAGUUUUGGAGUGAUGCUCUUGUAUUUUUGUGUUGUGGGAAUUAGGAUAUUAAUAUAGCUCAGUGUCGCCUAUGUUGUUAUGCUGACGACGGAACUUUGAACAAGUUACUGUGUAUUAGUGUGGAACACAGCUCUAGGUGUUUAGGUUCUUUGUUUGUCCUACCACCUAGGGAUGGGAGAUAUUACUAUCAAAGCGGGGUCUUGACAAAAUGGCAGAAUGAGUUGUCCACCAACCUGCAUUAAUGUAUCUUCCUUUUCUUACUGUAUCUCUCACUGUCAGGAUUCUCGCGACAAGCUGCUGUGAAUGAGAACCAUGAGUCGUCACCAGAGAAAAAUCACGAAGGUUCUCGAAGAGAGAGGGAGGAGGACGAAGAAGAAGAGGUGACAACACCUACCAAAAUCAAGGAACUAAAGGUGAGCAAGCACAUGGUUUCACACUGGCGUUAUUGGUAAGUGUCCCCCAGUCUGUUUGCAAAUGCAUAAAUACAAUGUGCCCAUGUUUUGCAUCUGCAUGCACAAUAUAUGUGUCUUUUAAAUAUGUGCAUUUGAACACGUGUGUAUUGUGUGUGUGAUUGAUGAACAGAAAACAAGUAGGGAAGUGUGGUAAAAUAUGUCCAUCUAUAUCAACAGUGAAAGCAUUCUAUAAACUAAAGAGUCAAUUAUCUGGGGACCACUGCAUUAGAUAAAUAAUCCAGUUACAUCUUCUGAAAAUGUAUUCAUCUACUGCCAUUCUUCAAAUUCCCGGACACAUACAUCAGAGUUUCUCAGCCUAGGUCCUCAAACAACCAGAGUAUGUAGGAACCCUUCAUAUACGCACAGGUCGUUCUAUCAGAAGAACUGAGACACCAGUUGAAUCUAUGCAUGUCUAUGGAGAAACUAGUUAUUUGAUCAGGUAUGGACCAAAUCAGAGAAGUUCUACUUUAGAACAGGGAGACACAUUCCAGUGAAGGAUAUUUACUUAUAGGCCUUGAAGGAUGCUCAUGUUUGGGUUGUCCAUAAUAUGGAUAUCUUUCCAAGAGUUCCAUUGUAGAUUGAAUAGAAGGACAUUUGCCCAUAGCAGCAUUUACAGCAUUGUAUCUCCUUAAUCUCUCAGAGCCAUAGUAACUUUACCAUAUUUAGGGCACCAUGAUCUUUGUUAAGAAUGCACUUUAGUAAAACUGAUUAUUGUAGAACUCUAAAAUCUGCAAAGGUUUGAUGAAAGGUCAGUGUGUCUGUGUGCAAUACCAGCUGCAUAAUUGCAUAUCUUUGUAUCCACGUGUGCAUGUUCUAAUGCCUGUAUUCAUAGAUAAAGCAUAUAGUCCAUGUGUCCUUUUGUACAACCAUUGCCCAAGUGCAAGUGAAAGCUGUUUUUGUUCUCAGGUAAAACCAGAAUAUGGAAAGUUAAUCAUAGUUCUACCUCAGUAACAGUAAAUGGCUGUAUAACUGUACUGCUUUAGCUAAGUGGUGGCUCUUGAGAACCAAAGAUGCUAACACAUGCUGUGUGCAUUCCUUUUUAUACCAUUGUACAUGUGUCUGUAUGUGUUUCCCAGUGCCUGUUGAUUUUUUUGUGAGGCAACUAUUCCAUUGGAAGUACAGUCAAAUGUGCAUGUCUAGCUGUUACUGAACUACAGUUCCCAUAAUCCUCUGCAUAGAUCCUUGCUAUCAUUGUAGCUAGCAGAAUUUUAUUGGAGUUGUAAUCUAGUAACUUCUGAAGGUCCAUAUUAGCUUACCCUUUACUGCUCUGUGUCUUUAGUGUAUGUGUUUAUAGCUUUUCAUCUUUAUAUACAUUACUGUAUGUCUAUGCUCUCAACUCCCAUGUGUACAGCCGUGUUUCUGUGCUGCAUUUUCUCCCUCUCACUCGCUUGCUUCUGUUUCUUACUUAUCGCUACCAGUCGGAACAAGAGAGCACUCCCCGGCACAAGGAGGUACCCAACUACUUAAACCAAAAUCCAUUUACCUUCCCGGCUCCCAUCCACCUCUCCUAUGAUCCCUCUACUUAACCCAGCAUCCAACUUCUUACCCAAAUACCCACGGAUGUGACCCAGUGCCUGCCACAGAACCAUUAACCUAUCCUACAUAUUAUCCUGUAUCCUGCCUGCCUACUUAUCCCUGCUUCCAACAAGUGACCCAGUUAUUCAUCUGCCAUUACCUGCCUGUUUUCCUGCCACUCUACCCCGCUGUUUACUCAACUAGUCAGAAAAAUCUGCCCUAAAUGAUCCAGUAGCCUAAAUUGAUGAUUAUCCUUCAUGUAUUACCCAGCUGAUAGAUGACAUAACACUCAAACCAAAAGGUUCCAGUAAAGAUUUUAUUUGGACAUUGCCUGUAGGGAUGGUGUUACGAGCCAUGUAACUAAACAAUAUAAAUAGUAAAAUCCGCGUAUUGCCCAGGUACACAAAUAGUUUACCAUAGAAAACAAGCCUCCUGCUUACUCAUCUGCCACAUCAGUAAUCUAACUGUAAAGAAAUUGAAUUACAUAAGCAGCUACAAGAAAAUGCAGAACAUCUAUGUGAUACCUGGGUACCGGGGAACACCUUUCAGUGGCACCUGGGUCUCCCAGGUAAUGGUGGACAACUCCGCCCCCAGUGAAUGAUGGUUAUUGGAUUGCUUCACUGUAACUAUAGCUUCAUGUCACACAACAUAACAUAAGUUGGCAACACUACGGAUAUUGAGGUCAGUCCUAAUAGCCAGAAGGUACAACAUAUCCAUGGUAAAAUUUAAACUGAGGGAACUUUAUCUAUUGGGUCGGGGACUUCGGGAGUGACAUCACUUAGGGAACAGUUAAUAAUAAAAAAAAAUUAUAAUCUAAAUCAUCAAAAUGCUACACUAACACAUGGGUCAUUUUUAAAAGGGGAGAGGCCAUUAGGUAAUUGGUAAGUUGAGUAAUGUAAAUACGGUUAAUCCACUGUUUUUAUAAGCCUGAAAUCUUAUUGUAGUCUCCUGAAAUUCUAGAAUUAAAUUAAUAUAACCAGCCAGUAAAAGGUACUGAUACUGUGCUAAUUGAAUUAUCCAAAGUAUAGUUGUGUACAAUAGUGUGAUUAUUAUUCAUGCCCUUUACAGAUAAACUGUUCCCAGGCACAUUAAUAACCCAAUAAUACCAUUCAAGCUAAGUAAGCACCACAGUAGGCCUCCAUUCACAGUUAUAGAGUAAGCUAUUUAAUUCACGAUUGUCUAGUUCAGGGAUAAAGUAGCACCCAAAUUGUUCCAUCCAUGCUACUUCCAGGGGCUUCUUUGUGAUGCCUCCAUUAUCUUCAUAGACUAAUGGUAGACAUAGGGAAAAGUUCUAGGAAUAACCAGUGAUGAUCACUUAUGUAUAUAGUGUCUGUGAGGUACACAUGCAAUUUGCCAAUGGGUAUAGUGAGAACUAUUACUUGUAUAGGCCAGGAAAAAUGAUUAUUUAUAACCAGUUUUACAAACAAACCUGUGCAGAUUCUAUUGGCAUUGUUUGGAUAUUAUUACUGAAUAGCUCUUCAAAAAAGCCCCAGAAGUUAAAAUCAAUCUCAUAUUUAAACUACAAACUGCAAAUAAUUUGAUAACAUUGCUCUGAAUGUACUACAUUCAAAUGUCAGUGUUUCCAACAUCUGCUUAUUUACCCCUAUUAUGUUCAGCAAGUUAUCCUAAGCAAUCUGCCCUGAACUCAGCAAUAUAUGUCCAACACAACACAUCACUUUCUCCCACUUAGCAUGUUAACAAGAUGUAAGGUCCACAAACCCUGAGAGAUCUGAAAGAUUAAACACAUUUUAGCACUAGAAGAAACCCUUCCACUGUCAAAAAUCGUAUCUUAAGGAAUUGCAGGUGUGGCUCUGACUCCAUGAUUACAUCUCUUCCUUAGUUCCUGGACAAGUCGGAAGAUGUCCUGUUGAAGCACCAGGCCAGUAUCAACGAACUGAAGAGAACUUUGAAACAACCAAACAGCAAACUGGUUCACAGAGAACGUGGAAGUCAAAAACGGCUUCCUUCCUCACCUACCUCCUCAUCCCCCAAACCAGAGGUCAGUGGGUUUAACUGGCAAUGCUUUGUCAUUGCUUCCAGUAGUGAGCAAAUAUAAUCCAAUUUGUUUAUUUGCUGUUUUUCUUAGUAAGGUUAUUUACAUCAGACGAUUUGUACUUUAAAGGCAUGUGUGUGUUUGUAUAAAAUACAAAAAACAGGCUGUGCCAAAAGGUGUGAACAGAUAGAGUAAUAUAAUAAUAAUAUAAAAAAGUCCAAAUAUUCACGAUCCAAAUAUCGCGAUCCCAACUGUUUCUGGAUUCUUGGGGAAUGUUGGUUCUUGGUUAAGGUGCUUGUAAAUAUAUGUAGUGAGACACCAAAUGACAAAUAGUAGUGCAGACUGUUUUGGCAGAAAAAUAGGAUUCACAACAGUAGUAUAUGAGUUAGUACUCACAUGUUAUGGAGCUUAAACUAGCUCUAAGUAAAAUUGCUUGCAGUGGUACAAUCCCCACUGAUGGAUUUAACUUUGAAGCAAAUAUAUACAUACACAUAUAUCCGUACAUAUAUUUACAAGCACCUUCACCAAGAACCAACAUUCCCCAAGAAUCCAGAACAGCCGGGAUUGUGAUAUUUGGACUGUUAAUAUUUGGAUUUUUUUAUAUUAUUAAUAUAUUAUCUAUUCACACCUUUUGGAGCAACCUCUUUUUUUGUAUUUUAUGCUUUCUAUUUUAGGGUUUGAGGGUAUCCCCUAUACCCAGUGUUUGCUGCCUAAGUCUAUGCAGUUGUUAUCCAUUUUUGUGUUUUCCUUUUAUGUAUGUGUUUGUGUUUGUGUGUGUGCAUGUGAAAUACACAUGUUAUAGUCAAAAUGUUAGCCCAAAUAGCCAUGUAGUAAAACAAUCUUCAGUUCAGUCUACUUAGCAUUUGUAUCCCAAAUCUUCAAGCAUUUUGUUAACUUCUUGUGGCAUUCCCUUUAGAGAAUUAACCCUUUAUAGAAAGGCAGGAUAUUUAUGACCCCAACAUGCAAAACUUGGGCCAGUCUUGCUCAAUACAAACAAUAGGGCAGUAGAGUAUUACCGGGCCUUAGAAUGGCCAGACUUAACUUUUGCACAGGAAGAGAGUACACAGAAAUGAGACAAGGUGAAAGGGAUACCUGUACCUAUGUAUCUGUGCCAUAAUGUGCCAGCAUUUGCAAGGGACAGAGUAUGACAUGUUCUGUGUUUAUGUAUCUGUGCCAUAAUGUAACAGCGUGUGUAAGGGACAGAGAAUGGCAUGUUCUGUGUUUAUGUAUCUGUGUCAUAAUGUGCCAGCGUGUGUAAAGGGCAGAAUGUGGCAUGUUCUGUGUCUAUGUAUCUGUGCCAUAAUGUGCCAGUGUGUGUAAAGGGCAGAGUAUGGCAUGUUCUGUGUCUAUGUAUCUGUGCCAUAAUGUACCAGCAUGUGUAAGGGGCAGAGUAUGGCAUGUUCUGUGUCUAUGUAUCUGUGCCAUAAUGUGCCAGCGUGUGUAAGGGGGAGAGUAUGGCAUGUUCUGUGUCUAUGUAUCUGUGCCAUAAUGUGCCAGCGUGUGUAAAGGGCAGAGUAUGGCAUGUUCUGUGUCUAUGUAUCUGUGCCAUAAUGUACCAGCAUGUGUAAGGGACAGAGUAUGGCAUGUUCUGUGUCUAUGUAUCUGUGCCAUAAUGUGCCAGCGUGUGUAAGGGACAGAGUAUGGCAUGUUCUGUGUCUAUGUAUCUGUGCCAUAACGUACUAGCUUGUGUAAGGGGCAGAGUAUGGCAUGUUCUGUGUCUAUGUAUCUGUGCCAUAAUGUGCCAGCGUGUGUAAGGGGCAGAGUAUUACAUGUUCUGUGGCUAUGUAUCUGUGCCAUAAUGUGCCAACGUGUAUAAGGGACAGAAUAUGGCAUGUUCUGUUUCUAUGAAUCUGUGCUAUAAUGUGCCAGUGUGUGUAAAAGGCAGAGUAUGGCAUGUUCUGUGUCUAUGUAUCUGUGCCAUAAUGUGCCAGCGUGUGUAAAGGGCAGAGUAUGGCAUGUUCUGUGUCUAUGUAUCUGUGCCAUAAUGUACCAGCAUGUGUAAGGGACAGAGUAUGGCAUGUUCUGUGUCUAUGUAUCUGUGCCAUAAUGUGCCAGCUUGUGUAAGGGACAGAGUAUGGCAUGUUCUGUGUCUAUGUAUCUGUGCCAUAAUGUACCAGCUUGUGUAAGGGGCAGAGUAUGGCAUGUUCUGUGUCUAUGUAUCUGUGCCAUAAAGUGCCAGCGUGUGUAAGGGGCAGAGUAUAACAUGUUCUGUGGCUAUGUAUCUGUGCCAUAAUGUGCCAACGUGUAUAAGGGACAGAAUAUGGCAUGUUCUGUUUCUAUGAAUCUGUGCUAUAAUGUGCCAGUGUGUGUAAAAAGCAGAGUAUGGCAUGUUCUGUGUCUAUGUAUCUGUGCCAUAAUGUGCCAGCGUGUGUAAAGGGACAGAGUAUGGCAUGUUCUGUGUCUAUGUAUCUGACCCAGGAUUAUAGGAUCUCUAUCUAUGUGUUGUAUGUAAAAGGAUGAUGGGGAUGUUCAUACAUAACUGUAAAUGUCACAUUGAAUCUGUAUUUCCAAGGAGACAUAUGUGCUCUUUUCCAUGCACUGAACAACAUGUCAUUGUGUACAUUGUAUGUGCAUGGAGAAUGGCCACACAUGUUUAACAUGUAUUUGUGAAGAAGAAAACGUGUCUGUGUGUGCAUGUCUGCCUGUCUUCAAUAUCUGUCCCGUGGCGUACAAUGAGUGUCUUUUCAUUUGUCCAUCUUCAUACUUGCCAUCAUGUUUCCAUUGUCUUGAUUUUCAUUCUCUUUGCUAAUCCCUUCCCCCUCCCAAUCUUUUGUCUUUUCGCAGGACGCAGACGACAUGAUUAGAGGAGAAGAGGAGGAGCCUGAUGCAGCCAAUGCCCAGGAUUCAGAUGUUUUCACCCAGAAAAGUGUGACUUCUUCUCCCGAGGUAUCUCCACUCUCAUUAUUACCCUACCCGAGUUUCACAAGCUAUUCGAGUAGCAUCUCUUGGUGUACCUUUUAUGUGAAGAGCAGGAGAACUAUUCCCCAGGUAGUUCUCUUGGAUGGUAUCACUGCAACUACAAUGCAUCCAGUGCAAUGUGCUGUAUGUGCUGUGAUUAUUCCCUGACAAAGAAAAACACGGGCCAUCGAUGACACCAGUGUAAUGGCGCGAUAGGGGAGCUGCACACUGUGUUGGCAAGAGCUGUUAUGCCUGCUCAGCAGGAAGGAAGGAGGUCAACAUGCGACCUGGUAACAUGGUGGCCAGGUAAGGGGUAAGUAAAACAUGAAAUAAACCGAAGCAACGCAAUACACAAUAAUUUGCAUAAGGAAAUUUAACCUGCAAAAGUUACGCUGGCAUUAUUAUUUAUCUCUUAAUUAAAUACAUCAAAUAAAAAUGUUUGCCCAAGCUUCUGGAUUUUUUCCUGCGGUAAACUUGCUAAAUCCCACGCCAACCUUUGUGCAUUUAUGCGCCAUGUGACUGAGCGGAAGGCAAAGGAAUCUGGACAGAAAGAAUUAAAAGCGCACUAAUAAACCAGCCCUCGAUCUAAAUCCACCAUUUGAUAGUAGAUAGUCCUGGGUUAUAUAGCAACAGUAAAAUUCAAUAAAGAGGUUUUUCACACAGUUACUUAUUAAAGUGCUUUUAGUGCAUGUGCAGAGGGCACCAUGGCUCUGAGCAGAUCUAAUAGAGAACGUCACACAUUUCAAAACAGAUCAUAGGCAAAGCUGACACAAUAAAUACAGUACGAGAUCCACCACACUUCUCUAGAAAUUUAACAUAUUGAUGGGCAGCACAGGAAAUGUGCUAUCCUGCAGUAUGUAGUAUUCAGGUGCUACAGGGUGAAUUAAUCAUUCUGCAGUAUAUGAAUUCUGUAUACAGCAGGAAAAUUAGAAUUAUUAUGUUAGCUCUGAUUGUGAUCUGCCUUGAAGUGUGUGACUUUCCUCCAUUAGAUUCGCUCAGAGCUGCUAUGCCACCUGCAUAUCUACUUGAAUCACUUUAAUGCGUAGCACUGUGGAACUCAUCUCUAUUGCAUUUUACUGCAGCUAUAUAACACAGGAUUAACUACUAACAAACUGUGGAUUUAGAGAGAGCGCUGUUUUAUCUACACUGAGAGGGACAAACCUGACAGUGGAUCUGGUCUCUUCUUUCAUCCUAGUUUUUAAUUAUCUGGGGAUUUAAUUUCUCCUACAGAUACCAAUCGGCAUGCAAAUUGGUAUGUUUCAGCUUCUACGGGAUUCUCUUAUUUUUUGUGCAGCCAUCUAAAGGCCUUUCUGGUAAUGAGUUUUAAUUAUGUUAACUGUAAGGCAGAGCUGGCUACAAAAUCAAUCAUGGUUGUACGCAAUACGCAGGCCAUCUUGUUUGAUGCAUCAAUUCUACCAUAUCUAAGGGGUUAAGGAAGGAAUGCGAUUUCCUUAUAAAAUAGGUUAAAGGAUCACUAUAGGGUCAGGAACAAAAACAUGUGUUCCUGACCCUAUAGUGCUAAACACACCAUUUAGAUGGUUUGCCCCCCUUAGCCCCUCUAUAAAAGUUUAAAACUCACCUUAUUUCCAGUGCCGCGUGGGUCCGUCGGCGCUGGCUCUGCCCCCUUUGUGUCGUCAUCAAAAUGGCCGAUUUUUAGCCAAUCCAAUGCUUUCCCAUAUGAAAAGCAUUGGACUGGCUAAAAUCGGCGUGGGGGCGGGGCCAAAGGCCGUUUUGGACACUCAGGACCUCCUUAUAGAGAUGCAUUGAAUCAAUGCAUCUCUAUGAGGAAAAUUCAGCGUCUCCAUGCAGAGCAUGGGGAUGUUGAACGUCAGUGCUGCUUACUGUGCAGCCUUGAGCCAGGAAGCCCCUCCAGUGGCCAUCUAAGGAGUGGCCACUUGGAGGUGUCCCUAGGAGCAAUGUAAACACUGCCUUUUCUCUGAAAAGGCAGUGUUUACAUGAAAAUGCCUGGCGGGAGCUAUUAUACUCACCAGAACAACGACAUUAAGCUGUAGUUGUUCUGGUGACUAUAGUGUCCCUUUAACGAAGGAUGCUAUACCGAUAUCAAAUAAUAUUAAAGUGAAUUUCAAAUUUAAGCCUAAAGUAGCCAUACUGGAAGCAUUUCUCCAGCUGGCAAUUUUGAUCUUAAAUUUGAAACUCACCGUUGAAUUCACUUUGAAUUCUUAUUUUUGUAAAUAACCCUGGAAAUGUUGUUAAUGUGAGGAGGUGGCUUACAUUACAGACCUCACUUAGCAAUCGGGUUCCGUUCUUACUACUAGGUCGUAAAACGAAUUGGUCGGUACGUGAGGAUGGGCUAGGGAGCAUGCGCAAGAGAGCAUGUCUAUGUUCAGGGUAAUUCCCCUGAACAUAGACCAGCUGACUAGCGCAGUGAAAUCCACGAAUCUAAGUUCUGGGAAAAUUAUGCCGAACAUAGAUUAGUUCACUAGCACAGGGAAUUCCUGGAAUCUCUACGCUAGAGAGCUGAUCGGACGUCCGAGCAGUCGUAAAGCAGGUAGGUUGCAAAGUGAGGACUAUCUGUAUAUAAGGAACAAUCAGAGUACAGAGAAAUAUACCUUUAUUGGCAUCAUACAUUAAAUGGCUAUUACUAAAUUUAAUGUGGUCAUGUAUGGUGAAAUAAUAAACCUACCUGCUUUUGCCUUGAUAGUCAGCAUCAAGAUUGGUAUUUUUGGCCCAUGUGCCGUAGCCCUAGCUAUAUGAUAAAUCCAAAUACAUUAAAUAAGUCACUGACUUUAUAAUCAAACAGAUAAAUUACUAAUUCCCAUAAACCCAACACUCAUCCAGAUAACACUUUCUUUAUUGACUUUCAUUGAUAAAGUGUCUGAUUUUAUUGGUAGGAGGUUCUUUAAAUGUAACAAACUAAUUUGUUGACUUUUGCACAAAUCUUGUCACCUGCAGCAAACUGAUCAAAUUCCUCUUAAUCCGCACCCGAACAAAUAGACCUGUUUGGGAUUUACGUGAUGGAUCAAUUCAUUUGGUCAUAGAUUAGCAGGUAUUUGAUUCGUUCGUUGUAGGUGAAUAGGACGUGAUGGAUCAAUUCAUUUGGUCAUAGAUUAGCAGGUAUUUGAUUCGUUCGUUGUAGGUGAAUAGGAUUUGUGCAGAGUAUAGGAGACCAUGAUUAUGUGAUAAACUUGCUUUUCAAUGGUCAUGGGCCUGCCAUGUGCAAAUUAGUUAGUAGUAGUAAUUAGUAGUGUGCAAAUUAACAUGUAAUCAAAUCAUUCUGAUGGUGUAUACCUAAACAAUGUUCUAUUAAGCAGUUUCAAAUCCAGUUUUUUUCUGCUAAAAUUGCUAAAAAUGGUUUAGCCAAAAAUCCAUACCCUCAAAGCAUCAUCACCACUGCAAUGAACUAUAGUGGUUAUGGUGGUUGUAGUGCUCUUUACGCAAAAUACAAGCAAGGCAUAGUAGCAAAUAUGUUUUUGUACCUUGACAUUUUUAGGUUAAAUGUGGUGACUUAGUAAAUUGCCCUGUAAAACUUGAUAUAUGGUUUUUAUGGUUUGUUCCCCUUUUUCAUAUAUAAAGUCCUGACCACAUUAAGGUAAAUUGCUGUAAUAAAAAUAUCUGCAAAAUGUAUGUGCUGAGCACUUCAGUAACUGUAAAAAAUAUAACUGUUUUAAUAUAUAUAUAUUAGUGAAGUACCGUGGAUGUAAAACAAUAGGAGUUUGAGAGCUUUAACAUUUUUAACCUUUGUAUUUGAUAAGUUCAUCGCAAAAUGUAACCCAUUAAUGCAAUAUAUCUUACAGGGUUAUUUACAAAGGUGGGAAUUCAAGGUGAGUUUGAUGUAAGGCCAGUGCAGCUGAACUGAAAGCAUAGCUGACUUAGAGAUUUUUCAAGUUUGGCUAUUUUAACCUUAUCUUUGAAAUUCACUUUGAAUUCUUACUUUAGCGAAUAAUCCUGUAAAUUACCAUUAUAAAUUUCUAUUAUGUACAAUACUAGGAUUCCCUGAACAAUAAUGUCUUUAGAGAACAUUUAAAGGAACAGAGAGUAGGGGAAAGAGUGACAGGACGGGGAAGUGCGUUCCAGAGGGUAGGUGCUGCACGAGAGAUGGAGAAGGAGAUGGGAUCGAAGGUAAGUAGUGAUAGGUGCAGGAGAGAUGGGGAGAGUUGGAUCCCAACAUAGCCACCAUGUUUCUCACCUGACCUAGGGAUAUGGAUAAGGUAGAUGCCACCAUGUUUCUCACCUGACCUAGGGGCAUGGAUAAGGUAGAGGCCACCAUGUGUGAGAGCAGCAGGAAUCAAUGUCAGAAGAUGACAGCCAGCUUUCAAUAUUUGCUAAAAGGAUGAAACAAAUAUAUCAUGGACGGAUGUGAGUUCAUUACACAUGGAGCAGGCGUUCCAGAGAGCACAAGAAAAGGCAGGGCAUAAGUGCUACGGCUUACUGGAAAUGAGACUAUCAGCAUUGUGUGUCCUAGGAUUUUUACUGUGGAAGAUGAAACUGGAAUGUGAAAGUAUGGGAAGAGCUACGGGGCCAGCGUUAGAGGAGAUGUUACCAGCAGCCGCAAGAUGUAGUAGGAUUGUGAGCAAAGGUGAUAACGAGACUUGUAUUAGUGGGUAUGACUGGAGGUAGGUGUAUUAGAAGGGGAUAAUGUAGAACCAUGGCUGAGAGAUAAUAUUAGAUGAUAUUAAGAUCUUCUUAUUGUCCCUUUUUGUUAUUGUGCUGUAGAAACAUGAUGUCUAUCAUAUAAGGCUUAUAGUACACUUUCCACAUUUUUCUAAACUAGUGGUUCCUAAUCCAAUCCUCCAGGGACAACAGUGGUCCAGAUUUUUUCAGUAUCCCCGUAGGAGUGGAAUUAGACUCUUGGUGUGUCUUAAGGACAAUGGCCUUAAUUUCAUACUUUUAGAUAAGCUUUUUUUAAAUUAUUUAAUAUUUUUAGAUAAACUUUUAAAAUACAUUUUCAAAAUAUUAAAAUAUUUUAAUAAAAAACCUAUAUAUAAACAUAUCAAAAACAUUCACAUAUUUUUCAGUAUAUAAAAUUAUUUGAAAAGUUUAUCCAAAAACAAUAAAUCAUUUUAAAAGCUUAUACAAAAAUAUUAAAUUGAGGCCUAAGUUAAGAACCACCAGUAUGAACGACUUUAUCUGUCAAAGCUAUUUACUAGACUUUGGCUUGGUUUGAUUUAAAAGGCUAAGAGAGUUUUGUGGUUACUUAAUAUUUUCUUAUGAGUUAGUUUUUUAAGGACAUACAAUCUAACUGCAUGAUUAUAAUCCACAACUUAAUCUAAGAUGAAAAUCUGUUCCACUGACGACUCUCUUCUGUCCUAUUAUUGUUGCCAUUGCAACAUUCAAAUAAUUUUUCUUUUACAUGUGCAGUACUUCACUAUAUAUAGCUUAUAUUUUUCUUUUGUUAUGUGCUCCCCGUUGUCUUUUUCAGUAAUGGUAAUUAAAGUGCUACACUAGAUAAUAAUGUUCUAGCAUUUAAGUGUCAUUACAGUAUAAUGUAUUCAUUAGUAGGUUCUAACACUGUGUAUUGUUAGAUUAUAGUAUUAUCAUAGGGUGCAGUAUGUUUUUAAUCUUAUCAGCACGUAAUGUUUAAUUUGUGCAAUUGACUAAUAUAUACAUAUUUUCUGAAAAACUUUCAAAAGAGGUGGAAGUGCUUAAUUUAACAAACAUGCUUGCUCUCCUUAUACACAUACCUCUAACUCCUCUUGCUCCGGUUAAAAUGCAGGGUAUGGAGCAUUGGGUUAUUAUAGAAAAGUCGUCAGACAGUGCUCAGGCAUCUUUUGGAGAAGUUGGAAAAAAAGAGAAUGUGCUUGCAGGAGCAGACUUGUCUCUCAAAGGUGAGGAGCUGUCCCAAAUACAAGAACAUCUACCCUGGGAUAGAGAAGAGACUGUACAAGAGGAGAGGGGGGCAGAUAAAUUUGUACACUCAACAAAAGGGGUGGCAAGAAGAAUCAGGCUAACACAGAGAGAGGAACGUUUGGUGAUGGUGACAAGUGAGUUGGAUGAUGUGGAUGGUGUAGAGAACAAGGCAAGAACCGCUCCUGACGGUGCACCAUCUGAGAAUGGCAGAGAUUGGGCAAUCAUUGUGGAAAAGACAGAUCCAAGCAUUGCUUGGAUACCUGGAGAAAAAUCUGAGAAAAGAGAGGAGAAGGCUAUAAAAGGAGUAGAGAUGACCUCUUCAAAAAGAGAUAGAAGAGGUGGAGCAUCAGACAAAGCCCAGGGCAUUUCUUGUACGUUUGUGGAACAUGUGGAAAGCAGGCGUGUUAUUGUGUGUGAGGAGGAAACUGAUGACAGUGCUGAGGAACUGGAGAAAGAAUAUUCUAUUGGAAGCAGUUGGAAUGAUCAGGAAAGGUCAUUGGUUUGGCUUGAAAGUUCUGGUUACCAAGAGCUUAGUGGAGAAGUUAAACAGGACAACAGAGAUGGUUCUGCAAAGUCUCAUCAACAUGGUGAAGAGAUACAUUUUAAGGAAUUAAACAGAAGAGAAAAUGCUGGGAGCCUCUCAGGACAUGCAACAUCUUCUUUACUAAAUGGAAGAAAAGAGGUAAAUCAAGAAUAUGUUACCACUGAUUUGUUAAUGGCAGAUUUGCAUUCAGAAGAGGCAAGAGAAGAGAACCAAGUGACAAGUAUGAACAGAAGAGAAGAGUUGGAAGCUUCUGCACCGAGGAAUGAACCGUUGUCUUCGGGUGUUGAAGUUACUGUAGAAAGAGGUACAGAUGAAACACCAUUUGAAGACUGGGGUCCACCAGUGCUUCAUUUUAUGUUGCCCACCAUCAUACCACUGCCUGUGUCCAUGCCUAGGGAUCGAGGUCACCAAGAAGCACCAAGGUCUCCAGUCACAAACCCAACUGAGAGGAUCCUCCUUCAACCUAACCCAAGAUCUCCUUCAGUACCUUACCAAGGAGGAGAUAACAGCCCUGUGGAGUCCACGACUGAUACCCCUGGGGAUCUCUCUUCUCCAGAUUCUGGAUGUGAAAUCACACUGACAGAUGCGGCGGUAACUUUGCUUAGCUCAGAACAGCAUGUAUGUGGAGGGGGAGGGGGAGGGAAGACACAGAUCUUGCUUAGCGUGGACAUGUUGUGAUUUGGCCAGCACGUCGGGCCCCUGUAUGUGUAAGAAGAGGCAUGGUGUCAUGGUGGGAGUGGUCUACCUGUAUGUGUCAACUCUCCCACCAUCUGCUUCUGGCUGGGUCACCUUCUGGCUAAAAAAUGUUCAAACAUUUACUGCGAAACGCAUGGAAGCAAGAGAGGAGACGGGAGGGAGAAUGGGUGGAGGCAUAAAGGAAGGGUUGCAGUCACAGCUGCUUCUAACAUAGGCCUGGGAACACACAAAAAUCAAUUAUUCCCACUCCAGGAAUCAGGCGUAUCCAAUGACAUAACAGUGGUUCAUUGGUUAUAUCAGCUGUCUAUUAACCCCGUCUUGGAAAGAAUUGCCUGGCUGCUACCUAGCAGGUCUUUGCCCGUGCUAACAAAAAUGAGUAGCUUGAAAAUCCUGGAGUUGCACUUUUAGCAUCAUAGCAAGGAAUGGGCUACUAAUCUCCAUCCCACCUCCUCCCCACUCCCUGCACUGAGGCCGCUUAUUCCUUGCUUUUGUGCUGCUCAUGUAGGCCCUAAUUCACCAGGCUGUGUUAAGGUGAGCAUCGUAAAAAACAAUAUUGGACAUAUCUUCAUAUUUAUUGCUUGUGAUGCUGCUAAACAGACAGGUAAAGUAGGAUAGUUUAAUAUCUUCCAUUCUAUAUUUUUUUUUCCUGCAUAAUCAUUUGUCUUCCAUUCUAUUUUUAUCACAUUGCUUUUGCACAGGGGUGGCCAAAGGGCAACCGUCCCUUCCCAGUUGUUGUAGAGCUACAGCAUUAUACCAGCAAAGAAUCUAAUGAGUUUUACUCUAGAACAGCGGAUGGUUUCCAUUUGGUCAUCCAUGUGUUAGCUCCAUCUUUUCUUCUCCUCUCUGUUUCUGGUACCUGUCCUCUCAAUUUUCAGUUUGUAAGCCUCAUGGAAGUACUAGCAGCCUAUACUCUAAGUACCGUAGUAUUGCCUUAACACAGCUUAGUGAAUCCAGGCCAACUUUAGCCUCGCUUUGAUUGCGUCCUGCUCAGCAUUGGUCUCAUGCAUCCCGCCACGGGGCAUUGCUGUCUUUCCUUAGGGAUUCCCUCACUCUAAUCCUUCUCUCCCGCUCUAGUGUCAACCCCUCGAACCAACAGCCUGGGAGGAAAGGGAUAUCCCGUCCGCCCUCAGAGAAGUCUCCCUACCGGACCAGGGUUUUAGGAAAGCCGGGACAGUCUUUUAUCAGGUCGGGGCCCUUGUUAGCCCUGAUAAUACUCUUAUCCCCAGUAUUAUGCUAAUAAUACGAUGUAUGCCUUUGUAUGUGCAGAUAAAUAUGUUUGUUUGUCUAUGCAGAAUAUUUUGUCUCUGUAUGUAAAGUGUUCAACUCAGACAUGAAACACCUUACAUACACCUUUGCUUUGGCCACCUACUUGUAUACAGUGGAGUUUUGUAGUUACAGAGCACAUAGAUAUUAUUAAAACAUGCAGAGACUUCUGGAGAAUUCAUGUCACUUCUACGACUUUUAAGUCACUUAUGGAAACCAGCAUAAAGAUUCAACAUACUAAAACGGUUUCAUCUCUGGUGGAUCUUAUCUCAUUUGAUUUACUAUACCUCAAUACUUCACAUGCUGCUGAAAUUAGCAGAACAUAAAUGGGGUACUAUCUACCUAGGACAGACUAGGACUGUCUUUAAAAUUAUUAUAGUUUGGGCCAUCACAUUGCAUUCCCGUGACUGCUAAAAACUUAAAGAUGAUUUCUCCAAUAGCUUAGUUUCAUUGUCCUUUAAAUGUAGAGCUGGUUGUGUUGUCCCGUCUAUGCAUCUCUUUAAUUGGUCUGUGUCAAUAAGAAAAAUAAAAGAUAACGCUGUUUGCUCCAGUCACUUUCUGAUAGUCCCUUGUCUGUUAAAACACUUCAGAGUUUGGUUAAUUAGUAAGAAAAAGUCAUGAUUCAAAUAGGAGUCUUUGUUCCUCCCCAUCUUUGAGUCUCUGUCACCGAUUACCUUCCCAUCGAUGGCUCUUUCAAUUUCCUUAGAGAGUGAGCAGCAGGGAAGCAGAGGAAGCACGAGGAGCUGGAGAUGAGGAACAAAACACUGGUCUGCUGAAGGAGAACCAACUGAGUAUUGAAAGGAAAUGUUCCAGCAUUACUGUCAGCUCAACAUCCAGUCUGGAGGCUGAGGUGGACUUCACAGUUAUUGGUGAUUACCAUUCCAACGUAGGAUUUGAGGACUUCACCCGCAGCUUGCCAGAGUUGCAUCGAGACCAGGGAGACGGGGCAGGAGGCCCUGCAGAAAAUAAUCCAGCAGUAGAACCCCAAGAGACUCAUGAUGAGGAUAGUGAGGAUCAAUCUGAGGUACAAGAUUAGAGCAUAGGGGUGUUUGUCAGGAACUACCCUAUGUUCUUUGUAAAUAACAUGGGGCAAUGUUUACCUGGCAUCCCCAGUGUUAUGAUUGCAUGGAACAUUUACAAAGAAAAGAGGUGUUGCAUGCCUCAUCACUUUCCCAUUAAUUUCCGAUUUACCAUCAGCAUUGAUCGUCAUGUUUCUAUUCAUGCAAUAUGGCGUUUCCAAGUGGUCUUUUCACAAUGCAUGAUCCAGUCUUCCUAAUCUUGAUUUGACAGCAUGAUGCGCAUGUUAGUGUCAUUGCAUGACAUCACCUGGUAGAACUCAUAUCAUAUGUGCUAGCAUUUCCUGUCAGGUAUGACAUCAUACUCAGUCAUCUACCAUUCAAUGUUUUACACCGAUAUUGUGCAUGUUACGUUGUGUCGUUUGUACUGCUGUAUGUGUUCUAACUUCCACUGUGACCACUUCCAACUUUAAUGAUUUUUCAACUAUAUGACUAAGUUCUCUCUUUAUUAAGGCAUGUCUACAGAGAGCGCAGAAAGGGGUCUUGAGAUCUGAAAGCAGCUCAAGUCGGACAGAGAUACCCGGCAUAGUGCACACGCAAGUUAUUACCGUUCAAACCACCCAGGUAAUUCACUUAAGAGUUCUCUCUAAACGUUCUUCCUGCCUGCUCUCUGUGUGCUUGUCAGUUUCUGUGUAUAUGUUUUUAUAACUUUCUAAUCUGUGUCUCUAGAUGUUAUGUCAUUUUAUGCUGAUUGCAACAAACUCUGCUAGGUAGUAACAGAGAGAAGAUGUUUAAAAAGAAUAAGCUUAAAAUAAUAGGAAUGCUAGAUCCACUUUUAAAAGCAAAAAAAAGAGCAAAUCCAGGGGAUGUUUUUAAGAAUAUUAGCAGUAAUAGUAGUAUUAGUCUUAUUACAUACACAGAAAAUUAGGAAAACAAGUUUUCUGACACAUACAUUUAUAAAGUUAAGAUCCAUUGUUGUGAAAAUGUGGAUUCAAGCAAGUUUGCUAAUAAUUAACCCCUUAAGGACACAUGACAUGUGUGACAUGUCAUGAUUCCCUUUUAUUCCAGAAGUUUGGUCCUUAAGUUGUUAAAUAGUACGUAAAAUUGUGUAGAUUUUGUCAAGAAAGGAUAAACAUAGUCAGAUAAACUUUGGUACUACCUGGCAUUCCCAAGAUGCUUAUUGGUUGUAAGUGGUAUAAUAUCUGCAAAGAAAACAUUCUCUAGACAAGACCACUCGUUCAUCUCCAACUUGUAGACAUGUGGCUUUUGCUAAAGUCUCACCCUAUCUUAGUUUUAUUGUGACAGAAAUCAAGACUCAUCAGACAAAGUUAAGUAAUUCCAGUUUUCAUCCAAUUUUGGUGAUCAUGUGCCCAUCAUAAUCCUACUCUUUUUUCUUAGUGACAGGAGAGGACUCGAUGUGGUCUUCUGCUACUAUUGGAGAUCUGCUUCAUGGUUCUUAAAGCCUUGAUUUUAAUGAUGUCCUUAUAUACCAUUCUGUUGUAAACAGUGGCUAUUUAAAUGUUUCUUUGGCUUUUCUGUGAACUUGAAAUUAAGAGCCUUCACAUUAUCCCGUAACCUUUCUUAAAAUAAAUGGACUUUAGUGCACUAUUUCUCAGUGGUGGUGGGUCAUACACAAUUUACUUUUGAAUGGACUGUCAAGGAGUUUUGGGGUUUUCCUUACUCCUCAGUGACGGACCAUUUUGUAAACUAAAAUAUGGCAGUAAUUAAAAUCCCAGGAGGUCAGCCGUUUCUGAGAUGAUGGACCCACGUUUUUUUGUCUCCAGUAAUCAAUCAUUGUCAAAGUAACUUCGAUAACGUUCCCUGGUUCUUUGAGGAGGCUGUGUUUAAUAUAAAAUGUCCUAAUUCAAAUUGCAAAGAUAAAAUCUUAAAUAGCGAUCCAAAUUCAACAAUCUGAUACAUGCGCCAUCUAAUACAGUUUUACAUAACCAUAUCAAAAAAUAUACAAACAGAAGAAGCAGAGAAUGGGAGGAGAAGGGGAGGGGGAAAUAGGGGGCCCCAUGUCCAGAGAAUGUUUGCAACCAGAAAAUCAGUGUGAAUACAUGUAGUUUUAUGUGCCAGUUUAAAUAAAAGCUUCCCAGAAAUACAGUAAUUGCUCUCAGUAAUAACACUCAUGAGCAAGAGUCAAAAUGACAAAAUGUAAAUGUGUGUUAAUUAGAGCUGUCAUAAAAUGGAGCAGCUGGCAGUUGAAAAUGGAGUGAUAAACAGGCAGCUAACCAAAAUGUGUGAGGGCACCACCGCACAUGACAGUGCAGGUGAUACAGGUUAUUUUACAUUAGUCCCUUCCAGUUAAAGGGACACUAUAGUCACCAGAAUCAUUACAGCUUAAUGUAGUGGUUCUGGUGUCUAUAGCCUGUCCCUGCAGUGUUAGCACUGUAAGCACUGCCUUUUCAGAGAAAAAGAAAGAUAAACUAAGCGUGAUUGGCGGAGGUACCCAGGCAGGGUAUCAGGCAGUCCGCCACACACUAUAUUCAUAAUUCAUAAUAGUUUAAUGAAGCAGUUUUGGUGUAUAGAUUAUGCCUCAGAAGGUUCACUGGCCAUUUAGGAGUUAAAUCACUUUUGUUUCUGUCCAUGCAACCCUAGCUACACCUCCCCUGGCUGUAACUGACACAGCCUGCAUAAAAACAAAAUGGUUUCAUUUUUCAUCACAUGUAACUUAUUUUAAAAGUUUUUAUCUUAAAUAAAGAUUUGACCCCAAUGUAAAGAUUAUGUGCCAAACCUUUAUCAUGAGAUAAAUAGUGCCCCCAAGUGUACACUAAGAGCAAUUACACAGAACUCUCCACAGUUUCUCUUCUCCUGUUUUGUCCCACUUACCUUUGCUUCAUUAAACCUGUUCUCUUCUACAGGUGGGAGAUACGGAUCCUGUUGUCAGCACUCAGAUCACAACGACAGAGACUGUAACACUUGCUCAGGUUGGCAUCCCAUCACUGUUCUAAUGAACCUUAUUGUUUCUACUUGAUCUGAAUAAGCUGGGGAAAUCUAAUUUGAGCUCCCUAGUGUUGUUAGUUCUGGUUAUAAACCAUUGUUACCAUUGAAACAAGCACAUUGGCCUACUUGGCUCUUUGAUAUUACCAUAUACGGUUAUCUUUUUUUAAAAUUAUUUGUUAGCCUUAUCAGCCUUUUCAACUUGUUUUAAUGUUACUGUUUUUUAUGCACCAUUUGAUACCUUUGUGUUCUCAUGUGAAUUAGUGUGGUUUACCAUCCCUCAGAAACUACAGGCCAUACUGCACCCUAAAAUAAAAGCAUAGUCACAAGCUUUAAUAUUAAAUUGGAGGCUAUAAGACAGCCUUAUAACCACAUUCAGUCUUAUAUCACUCAGUUUUGUCAAGGACAAAAUUCUCAGUGUAUGCUUGAAUGGAAUUUCAACAUCUUCAUUCAUUUACUUAAAAUAAAAUCAAUGAUUAAUUAACUUAGGGAUCGUCGAUGGCAAAGUAACAAUUCAAAGAGUUGUGGUUUUUCUGUUUUUUUUUUUGUUUGUUUUUUAACACUGGAUUUUAUUUUGUAGUUCAUCUCCUGACCGGUUUUUAAUGCUAUGAAUUAUUUAAUUGCCAGCUUCAUUAGACUAUUAGUAUAAAGUAAAAUAUAUCAAUUAGUAAACCUACCAUGGGUUGUUUGAUGAUAAACAAAUGGCUAAUGCACAGUGAUGGCCCAUCAGAGACCUUUAGCAAAUAUUAUAUUCUACGGUCAAAUAUGGCAUUUUUACUACUGGGAUUACAAGUUAAAUAAAUUGACUAGCUUACUGUAUUCGUAACAUGUGUGACUUACUUUUAAAAUGUACCCGCCACAUUCCCAGAUGAUACCUAACUGGGUGCCUUUGAGUUGUUUGCGUCACUUUUUCUUUCCACCUUUCCCUUUAAUUGGUAGCCAAUAUGUCCUGGGGCUUCUGAAGGAGGAGGAAGGGGGAUCAAGAUUUAUGCUACAGUGAUAUUUUGCCGCAGUCCACUCAAACAAGUUAUUUUUUUUGCUGGUUAAUAAAACAUUCUGUAAAGUGUGUCAAUUGCCUUCAGACCUUUUCCUUCUUAUGUCAUCCAGCCUGAGGACUUUAGUACGGAAACAGAAAGUGCAGAACAAGUCCAGGCAGUAACAACUGUAGAAAACACGCAGGGGACACAAGCAGACGCCACGCGCACCCAACAUGUACGUUUUUGAAAUCUCACCAAGCAGCCUAAAGCCAUCACUUUCUGAAAUUGCUUUUUAAUUGCAUUGUAUUCAACUUUUUGUGUUUAUGUAUUUUCUCUGCCUUACUCUUUUUUAACAUCUUAUUCUUCAGGCUGCCCACGGAGCAAGUGUCACCCAUGCGGCCACCGCGGAAACACUAUCCUCUUCAACAACUACCCACGUCACCAAGGUAAGAAUGGCAUCUGAUAUGCUUUAGUGUUUAAACAAAAAUAUCAUAAAGGUCACCCUCCAGUGGCCGACAGUGUAUGUCCAUCCACCAGCGUACUAUUUUAAAUACAAAUCCAUGAUGGCUGGCCAGUUGGACCAAUGGACCACGUCCAUUGGAUGGUAUGGGAUCCACACAUGUGUCUUUUAACGGUUUGGAGAGUCUCACUAUUAACGUUUGCUUUGCAGCAGGUUGCAAGCAUUUGUACCAAUACAUGAAAUGGCUUAUUGGUGUAAUCUACCGUCUAUCCUUUCCCUGAGAGGUCAACAGCCUUCUCUUUGCUGCAUAGUUCAUCACAUUAUACUUUAGAAUCACUUGCUCAAGCAAAGACAACAUUUGUCUCAGUAUAUCUUUUGACUGGGUUGGAAUGUCUUUGAAAUUCCGUUUUAACCAUCAGUUAGUCCCUCUGGUUUUCCCUGCUUCUGUGAAGGAGGGGAGAUCAUAGAGACUGUUGGAUUUCAAACACUAUCUGACCCAAGGUGCGUGUAUAUGGCUGAAGGAUCCUGUCAUAUACUAAAGGUAGAGAUGAGUUUUUCUAUUUUUAAAAAAAAUGUUUUUACAUAAACUUUAUUUAAAAAAAACAAAAACAUUUCCUUACAAUACGUUAUAAAAGGAUUAUUAUAUUACAAAGUAGUUAUGAGGUUACAGUUGCCCUAUAAAUGUUCCAUGUUCUAUAUUAAUAAUGGCUGCUGGAUUUAGUUGGGUGGUUUGUGAUUGUUCCAGGCUUAUCUUACCUUUUUAUUCCCUACUCCCCAUUUCCACUAUGUAUCUGUGCAGACUGUCAAAGGCGGGUUCUCUGAGACUCGGAUAGAGAAAAGGAUAAUCAUUACUGGCGAUGAAGAUGUAGACCAAGAGCAGGUAAUUGCGUCAUAUAUCUUAAAUUAAAUUAACUAAAUUCAAUAGACGAGAGCAGCACAAAAAUCUGUCAUAUCGCCAGCCUCUAUAACUAGAGAUCACUAGAUAACAAGCAUUUUUUAUAUAAAUACAUUAGAAGAUUAAUACUGAGAAGAGAAAAUGAAAGUAUGAUUGGACGGAUCCGAGGCAAGUGCCAAAUUCAUUCCAGAAGAGACAUAAAGACCAUCAACCAGCAAUUAAAAUAAACUAUAUAUCGCCAACAGAUUCCACAGCAUGGUACAAUAGUCAAACAAGACAAACACUUAAUUUAAAAAAAACAUGAUUGACCUAGUGGAAUAGUAGGUGAAGAAUUGCCCUAUCCAAACAAGCUCCUAAAAUAUAGUGAGAAUAGCUUGGAAUUAAAAGUGGAAUUUACAGUGAACUUCAAAUUUAAAGCCAAGAUAGCCAAGCUGAAAAGAAAAUUGACUUGGAAAUGCUUUCUAAUUUGGCAUAAAUUUCGAGAUUCACUUUAAAUUCUCAGCCAUUCUUACUCUAGUGAACAACCAUGUAAGUGUCUUGAUUCACCCGAUUCAAAUGUAUUGUCAUAGGUGAUGAUAUAUAAAUAUUUUAUAUUUCUAACACUAAAAUGAAUUCACAUUAAAAUACACAAAAAUAAGUCCUGCGCCCAGACUCCCACUAUUCCUGGGUGGCAACAAUGACCAUAGUACACAUCAGCCCCAGUACAUACAAUACAAACCAAAGGAAUGAGUUACCUGCACACUAUCCCAAAUUCCUAUAUUAUAUUUAGAUAAAUGGAGGUUUUCUGUUUCAAUCCAAUGGUCAUUAGAAGUAAGCCCACCUGCCACGUCAAGGCAAACCUCUUAGGGGAGUCCUACACUAACAAUCCACCUUGCAUCUUGGGGGAGAAGUACUCACUAACACAGAUUUAUACAGAUUUGUCAACAAUAUUUGAGAGAAAUAGACCUUUUGUGUACAUAGAAAAAGUCUUAGAUCUUUGAGUUCAGCUCAUGAAAAAUGGGGCAAAAACAAAAGUGUUGCAUUUAUAAUUUUGUUCAGUCUAGAUAAAUGAAUGUUAGGCUAUGUGCAAUGAUCUUCUCCUGUCUUGAUACAUUUUGUGUGCCUUUCCUCUAGGCUCUAGCAUUGGCCAUAAAGGAAGCAAAACUGCAGCAUCCAGAUAUGUUGGUCACCAAGGCUGUGGUGUAUUGCGAGACAGAGCCUUCCCCUGAGGAGUCUGGAGAAAGUGAACAGGUGAGAGUGACAGGGGCUUAAAAGAACAAAUGUAUUCCUAACGCUAGAGUGUUAUACUAUCAAUUUAGAUUCAGGGCCCCCAUCCCCUAAGUAUAAAAUGUAAAGAAAACAAACAAACAAAAAAAAAACAGUUUUUCUUACAAUAUUUUCCCCAGCACGCUGGUCUCAUCAUAGCCACCUCUGCUAUAUGAGAUCAGCAAUGCUAAAGGGCAAAUGCAAUCUAAUGCUUCCCCAUAGCGACUGGGCACUGGGAAUGGCAGCUUCUUUCUCAAAUUUUCUUAGAGCGCACCACUAGUGGACACAGAAUCUGUGUCUAACAUCAUAUCAAAGCAUAAGUACUAUAGUUAAACAAAGUAAAUGAGCAGAGAAAUCCGUGUCACUUGGAUCUGUACAGUAGUUGUUACCAUGUGAGGUGUUUGGAAAAUAUUUAAAGGAACACUCUAGGUACCAUAACUACUUAAUCUUAUUGAUCCUGACCCUGCUGUCAAUGGUAUGAGAAAUCUGUCACACUGGCAAAAUAAGGUUUUAAAUAAUGAUUUGCUGUAAAACCCUUUUAUUCAAAGAGCUGGGAGUUACACAGCUGCAUGCAGCGCCAAUCAUCACUAAGUAGGAGCAGACUUUGGAAUUCAAAGCGCUCGUUCCCCUCACCAUCAGUCCAGGUAUACUAUUUGACUGACAGGGCUUGGAGGCGGAGUUAGGAUCUCCACUUUCAAACCCCAUUCUCCCAGUUUGACAAACUUGUCAAACAAAUGGUGGCAGGGACAGAGUCCAAGCACCAUAACCACUGCAAUAAACUGAAGUUGUGCUAGAAUGUCCCUAUCAAGCACAGGAUCUUUAAUGCAUUCUUAAUGUUAACAUAGCAUAUUCCCAUCAGACCUAUGAGUACUAUCAACUUGCAAGAAAGCUGGAAGGUGUCUUACUAUUAAAUAAUAAUCAUCUCCAAAGUGUGUCCAGAUUUGAAUUGUAAAAGUUUCUCUUGUAAAUAGACACAAUACAAGAGCUCCUAUCUUGCAUUGACUGAUAAUAAACAAAAAAUAAGACAUAUAAUUUGGUCUCUUCAUUUAAUAAAGACUGUGUUAUGCUUUGUCAUUACUUUGGUAAUAUCUGAUACUUUCACUCUAUGUACGUACAGUUUUUUCUGCCGAUUAUCCCCUUUUUUUUUUCCAUAUAGAAAUCUUGACCUUGGAUUUUGGAUGUGAAACCUCCCCUCUGCCUUCCCUGCUGUUCCCCACCUAAAAAUAAGGACAUACCCUCUCUUUCCUGAUCCCAAACCAUGCCAGCUGCAAAACCUUCACACCAGGGUGAAACCACGCUGACAGCGCCCCCAGACAGAGAGAGAGACUUGCCACCCUCCCAGGAGCAGAAAAUCAAACUCCUCGCAGUACAUGGAGCAACAAGACACUUUCUUUACUCCUUCUCCCCAUUGCUCCCUCAUCUCCUGAGAAGCAUGCGUGGCAAUGCGUGACUGCAUGCGGCAUCUACAGGGUUACGUUUAUCUGUGAAGUUAGGAAAUUUAUGCUCUUAGCUAAUACAGAGGUCUCUGACCAAACCCCUCAGUGAACGUCAGGGCAUUUCAGUAGUGAAUGGUCUAUUUAAACUAUAACGAGAUCACGCCUCCAUUAGAUAGAACCCCAUCACUGUGUAAACCUGUGCUUAUAAACUGCAGACUGGGGGACAUUGUACGUUAGAUAGAACCCCAGCACUGUCUGAGCCUGUCCUGAUAAUCUGCAGUCAGGAGGUCAUUCUACUUCACAUAGGAAUCUGAGAACUGUCUCUUUACUGGUACUUUGCAUCCAGGAGAUCAUUCUAUAUAUAAUCUAUCCAUAGCAUUCCAUUUCCUCCUCUGCAGCCGUAGCAAUAUAAUAUUUUGGUUAUGUCAAGAAAAUGAAGAAAUCUGCAUUUUGAAGAGGUGGGUGUGGAUUUUCACUUCUACAGAUCAAUGCGAAUCAUUAAAAGGCUGAUCUUUUUCCUGGGACAGUAGAUGUUACUACUCUAUUAACCUGUUUGUUGCCAGCUAUAGAGCCUGAAGAUGCUCUUGCUCCCUGGGGAUCGGCUGAGCCACGUGCGUGAAAAUUUUAACAUGGCACAGGGGGAGGCCUCGCCCAAUGCAAUGCUGUGCUCUCCCCCAAGUCCCUCCUCCACCCUGUGCUCCGUGAUCACUGCUCUAUAGCCAAUAAAAACAAAGUCAGUGUGUUAAUCCUUUCUUUUUUUCUAGUCUUUAUUCUUCAUUGACUUAUCCCAAAAUAUCAUGAGUUGCUUUGAGGAAAGAAAGCAAAGAGCAAAACAGAAACAACUUCUACUUUAAUCGGCCUAGACUUUUAUUUUAGCACACCUGUUGGUGCAAAUCACAUCAAGCCUCAAGAUUCUUUUUUUUUUUUUUACUUGUCCCUCUGUAUGUUCCAGCUGUUGUACAUUUAUUUUAAUAUGAAACAAUAAAGUUUUGUAGUUUUUACUUUGGUUUUUAUGUUUCUUUAUUACGUGCUGAAAUUUCGUAGAAGCUGCUUUCUGAUUUGCUCUUUGCUGUAAGACAGUUAUUUUGGUAGACUCCUGUUGUGCUACAUUGCAACUCUCUCAUCCACAAACAUAAUACAUAUACAAUACACCAGAAACUACGAACGCUUUGUAGUUAUGCUGAAAAUUUGAAAACUAAUGGGUCCUCUGCUAAUGUUAAAAACAUACUACAGGCAUAAAGAAAACGUUAGCUUAUUGAAGCAGUUUUGAUGCAUAGAUCAUAUCCCUGCAGUCUCACUGCUCAAUUCCCUGCCAUUUAGGAGUUAAAAAUGGAUUUUAAACAUUAGAUCUCUCUUUACAGGAAGAGUAAAUUGUUGUUUAAGUCACAGGCAAG